AUGGCGUUAUCAUCAGAAAGGGGUGUGUAUAAAGUAGAACUCAAAGCAGAACUCUUGAACAUCUUCAUCUCUUCCUCCCAAGCAUCCCAAAGUUUGCAGAAUGUGCAAACACCCUAUGGUAGCAGAGUAGUACUAUCUCUCCCUAAUAUGUGGACACACUAUUUAGUGACCAAGCAACUAUUCCUUAUUCAACAGAUUGUUGCAGAGUGUCCUACACACAAGACACUGUACACGAAUGGAGUUUGCACUGGGUGGGGGCUGUUGGCUACACCUGCAAAUCCAAGUGAGCUUUGCUAUGUACUUGUAAAUUUUUGCAUGUACAGAUUUGGAUCCUGCAAGGAAGAAUCCCUUUCCUUUCUUUACUCCACUCCACUUUCUAGUACUGUAUUCUUGGCCAGUGAGUUAUGGUGUAUUCUUCCUUGCAGGACCCGAACUAGGGCGCAUGGCAACACAACAAACAGUAAUCAGAGACAGAGGGACUGGGUUGUGAGUUGCUGUUGUGUGGUGGUUGUUUUUUUAGUAGGUGUGUUCUGCUGCAACAUGCCAUUGAUGCAAUAACAAUUCAUUAGCAGUCCACACCUGAUUACACUCUAUUAGUGGCUUUGUGACGCUUCCUCAGUGUUACGGCAGCAUUGUACUCUUGCACUGUGGCACAACAAAAGCAUUACAAACAAUCCUGCUGUAUUUGUGAUAUAAAAAAGUUGUAGGAUUUCAGCAGGAAGUUACGGGAUAUGAACGGAUUGGAGAUGAAGCAGUAUUGCCAUGCUAAAACUUUCCUAGAUACUAAUGACAUCACAAGCAAAAUCAUGCCUCAGUAGCAUAUGCACACAAAUCUUCAUGAGCACACAAUGAAAAGGAUUUCUGGAGAGGCCCAGAGUCUAAAUGAACUCCGUACCGUGGAUGCAAUAUUAGCCAGACCCUCCAAGUGUCCCUGUUUUCCUGGGACGUCCCUGAUUUAGAGAAGCCACCCCAGUUUCUGAAUGAAUGAAUGAAACUUUAUUUGCGUCAGCCAUCGGCCAUAGCAACAAAAGAUCAUUGUGAUAUACACAGAACAAAAUAAAAAGUCGAUUAUAUAAAACACAGUUUAGGGUCCUGAAUCAGCAGUCAAGUAGUGGACCUUAUUCUGAUUGCCCCAGCUAAGAACCUUGCAACAUUUGCUGUCAUCUGCUCCUCUUGAUCUGCCAGGAGAAAAGACACUGUGGCCGUGGUUGGGUGAGCCGGAAUGGACAAAAAAAGAGGGGUGAUAAUCUCGUUCCUCAGGUCUUUAUAAAGAGUGCAAGCCAGGAGGGCAUGCACCACUUAUUCGGUGCUGCCAUUUCCGCAGGGACAUAAGUGUUUUUUGUGUGGAAUCUGUUGGAAUCGUCCCUCGAGUAAAUCCAGUUUCUGAUUUGAUCCUGGAAUGUCUCAUUUUUCCUUAGGAUGUCCCUAUUUUAAUUGGAGAAAUGUUGGAGGGUAUAAAGUUAUCCAUCCUCCAAGCUAUCUGAAGGCAAUGCUGUAUAGGGAAGGGUUUUUUUAAAAAAUGUUUUAUUAUGUUUUUAUAUACUGUAUUUUUCACCCUAUAGGGCGCACCGGCCCAUAGGACGCACCCGGGGUUUUUUGGGGGGGGGGGAAUGAAUAAAAAAAAAUUAUUUCCCUCCCCAGCCACGGGGCUGGGGCUGGGGCGGGGGAAGCCCGAGCUUCCCCCGACCCCAGCCCCCAGAACAGGCUGCUAUCCGCAAGCCUUGCGAGCCCGGCGGCAACUCCCAGCAGGCUCGCAAGGCUUGCGGGCAGCAGCCUGCAGGCCGAGCACGGGCGCCCUCCGGAGGGCGCCCCGUGCUUCGUGCAGGUGUCCGCAAGGCGCCCCGUGCUUCGGCCUGCAGGCUGCUGCCCGCAAGCCUUGCGAGCCCACGGGAACUCCCGCCGGGCUCGCAAGGCUUGCGGAUAGCUUCCUGAAGCCUGGAGAGCGAGAGGGGUCGGUGCGCACCGACCCCUCUCGCUCUCCAGGCUUCAGCGAAAGCCUGCAUUCGCCCCAUAGGACGCGCACACAUUUCCCCUUCAUUUUUGGAGGGGAAAAAGUGUGUCCUAUAGGGUGAAAAAUACGGUAUGUUGGAAGCUGCCCAGAGUAGCUUGGACAACCCAGUAAGAUGUGUGGGGUAUAAAUAGUAAAAUUAUCAUUAUGGAAUGGGACAUCCCUACUUUCAACAGUGAAAUGUUGGGGGGAAAUGUAUGCAUUAGCUCCCCUCGAGGGUGAAUUUUGCUGCCUCUGUUAUGAGGAAUUUCUUUUUAUUAUUCUUUGAUCUUAAAACUCCAUUCACAUUCAUAAUCACAAAUAAUAAAAACAACUCAAGAUUCUUUUGCAUCUCAAGACUUCCCUCCUCCCCUCUGUGGGUUCUUUGAGUCCCUUUUUUUUUUUACUGCAUAUUAUAAGUUCAACUAAUUUACAAUCCUCCAUUAUACCCAAAGUCUAUGUAACAUUGCAAGAGUUAUUUAAAACCUGCCAAAGAACUCAAGUGUUUACAGUGGUCUCUCAACUAUAAUGUAAAUUUGUCCCAAUCUUUAUUGAAGUUCUGACCCUCCUAUUAGGAGGAAUUUCUAACAGGUGAGUAGGGCUGGGGCAUAUGGAGUGAAGGAGCACACAGAUGGCAGCACUUGUAUUUUCAAACUCACCUUGACCAACCCAAUUCUUUUCCAGGACCAAUUAAAAGGGCUUAGUUGACCUAAAAAAACUCUGAAGUGGCUGGGGAACUCAACACCUAAAGAGCUGCUUUUUCCCAGUUAGUAGCAGACAGCUGAGUUGCUGCAUCAUACCAGGAUGACGAGGGAGAGACAUGUGGAGGCAGCAUGGCUGGUGCGGUGCAAGCGUGCCACUGGAGCCAAUCUAGCGCUUCUGCCAGGGUGUCUGCACUGCGCCAACAUUGCUGCCACCACUCAGACCCAGUAUCCUGCAGCAACUCAGCGAGAGGAAGGUCAGGUGAACUUUCUGUAUGUACUGUACCUGCUCAUGCUCUAUGAUCGCUAACAGAGGCCCUUCUCUGAGUGCCCCUCAAAAUGAUAAUGUCAGUGAGGGAGAGGGCAUUGUCAGCAGUGCCCCCCAUUAUGUGGAACGCUUUCCCUAGAAAGAUUCAUCUGGUGCUUGUGUGUGUGUGUGUGUGUGUGUGUGUGUGUGAUGCAGGUGGCAUUGUGGUCUAAACCACUGAGCCUCUUGGGCUUGCCAAUCAGAAGGUUGGAGGUUUGAAUCUGCACAACAGGGUGAGCUCCUGUUGCUCUGUCCCAGCUCCUGCCUACCUAGCAGUUCCGAAAGCACACCAGUGCAAGUAGAUAAAUAGGUACCACUGUGGCGGGAAGAUAAACUGUGUUUUCGUGCGCUCUGGUUUCCGUCAUAGUGUUCCGUUGAGCCAGAAGCGGUUUAGUCAUGCUGGCCACAUGACCCGGAAAGCUGUCUGUGGACAAACGCCGGCUCCGUCAGCCUGAAAGCGAGAUGAGCGCCACAACCCCAUAGUCGCCUUUGAAUGGACUUAACCGUCCAGGGGUUCUUUACCUUUACCUUGCCUUUGUGUGUGUGUGUGUGUGUGUGUGUGUGUGCAUGUGUGUGUCUGUAAGACAAAGACAAACAAAACCUUUCAGGUAUUCAAACAUCUCUUAAUAUUGUUUAACAUCAUUGAUAUUCCAUUUUAGUCACUGAUGAAUGUCAUUUUGGACAGUUUUAAACUUUUGUAACUGGGUUGAUUUUUGUUAAGACAGUUUGCUGGGGUUUAGAUUUGGGUCUGUGUUGGAUUAUAUCGACCUUUGGCUUGGCUUUACUGAUGUAUUGAGUUUCUGUCGAUUUUAUUUUUGUCUAUCCGUGCAUAUGGCCUGAUAAUAUUUGUUAUUGGGUGAAUCACAAACUGAAUCACACAAACACAGAUAAGCAAGUUCCGCUGAAGCCCCCUGUUGCUGGACCCAGUCUCUGCCCAGCUGCUUUCCAUUAUUCAUUCCUAUCUCCAUGUCUUUCAUAGCUUGUCUGCAAGCAAUCCAGCCAUCAUUUGAAACUUAGAGGAGCAAGGAGGUUCUCCCCAUCGCUAUCAUUCAGGCCACAAGAAAGUUCUGCAGUAGUGACCAAUCAGAAAGCAGCUGUUUCCCAGAGGUGGGGGCUAUUGCUCUGUUUUCCUCUUGAGCAUCUCAGAACUUCUCAUGAUGGAUAGGAAUGGAACAGGUGUGUCUAGCAUGGAGAUAGUUGCACCUGUUGCCUUGCUACCUAUUGGAAAGCUUUCAAAGGCACAGGGACUCUAGAGAAACAGAAUAUUGGCAACAUCCUGUUUCUGUACUUCCAUGCACCUCUGUUCCAGCUUUGAAAGAUAGAGAUCUGAUUCCCCACCCCACCCCCCAAUUCUGCUUUCUCUUGAUAGUUAGCAAAUUAGGAAAAGAGUCUCUAAAGUUCAGUGAGCUGGCCUCCUAACUAGCUGACUAGAGUGGGAAUCAUUUCUUUUCAAGUGUUCUCUGCUGCCACCACUUUUAUACAAGCUGCGAGGAAAUGUAAACUUCUGUAAAAAGGCUGAUUCUCUCAAAGAAGUUAGCAUUGGAUUACCUGAUCUUCACCUCGGGGAGGAGGUACCUCUGCAUUUAAUUCAAAUUGCACCAAGAUAUCAAGAAGAACUUGCAAGCUCCAGUAAAGGGGUUUCUCAACCACUUUCUUUCAUGCUUGCUGUGGCCAGCAGGGUUAUAACUGUCCUCCACAGCAUGAUUACUGCAUCUGGUAAGGAUACAUUUGUAAGAUAAGAAGACCAAAUCUUGAUGCGUUUAUCAAUUUUUUUCAUUCAACUGCAGAUGAUCUUAAAAAGGUAAAGGUACCCCUGACCAUUAGGUCCAGUUGCAGACAACUCUGGGGUUGCGGCACUCAUCUUGCUUUACUGGCCGAGGGAGCUGGCGUACAGCUUCCAGGUCAUGUGGCCAGCAUGACUAAGCCGCUUCUGGCAAACCAGAGCAGCGCAUGGAAACGCCGUUUACCUUCUCGCCGGAGCGGUACCUAUUUAUCUACUUGCACUUGACGUGCUUUCGAACUGCUAGGUGGGCAGGAGCAGGGACCGGACAACGGGAGCUCACCCCGUUGCGGGGAUUCGAACCACCAACCUUCUGAUUGGAAAGCCCUAGGCUCUGUGGUUUAGACCACAGCGCCACCUGCGUCCCAGAUUAUCCUAACCAACAUCAAAUGGGGGGGGCGGUCAGCUCACCUUAUGCUUAACUUAUUCUUAACUCUAAAGAAACAACACCUAAGCAUUUAUAUUCUUUUGAUACGGAUAACGUGCAAAGCAAAUGAUCUGACGGCUUUCAAAUGCUAUCGCUUAUGAGGAAAGUCUUUUUUUUCUCUAGCAACAAGAUUAUCGUAAAUGUUAAAAGUAAUGAUGAUAUUAAUCAGGUCUGGCAGCAAUUUAGAAAAUCACAUGGUUGAUAAUUUUAUAUCUUUAAAAUUGCAUGUAAAAUGUAGUGGAGACCCUAUUAACCAUUAAUUUUGUGACAUCAGUAGGUUUUUUUUUUACUUGAAACGAAUGUAUGACAUACACAGCUCCUUUAAUUAUCGCAAUACCUUUACUUUCCACUUCAUCAUAUAUUUUACUGGGAUGACUAAGAUUUUGGAGGCUUGCUGAAACAGCUCCAGUAUUAGCAUUACUCACAAAAAGUACCCUCAAUCUGUCUCAUCCCAAUCAAAAUUCUGAGGGGCUUUAAAUUUCAGACACCUUUUUCAUUUUGACUGAACGUUGGGUGCAUUUAUGAAAGCUAUUUUAUGGUUUCAAUUACAGUUUUGACCUACUGAGUCAAAGAGGAAGCCCCUAACAUACACAGACAGGCUGGUCUUGUGGCCCUACUACAUGGUGGCUAGUGUAUCAGGGCAAACAUAAUGUAGUCACCAUCGUAUGCAUCAAGGCAGGGGUGGAGAACCUGUGAUUCUCCAGGCAUUGAUGGACUCCAGCUCCCAUCAGCCCUGGUCUGCAGGGGCAACAGUCAGGGAUGAGGCCAGUUGUAGUCUAACAAGAUUUGGAGGACCACAGAUUCUCCAUCCUUGCAUUAGGUGAUGGUCAACAAGACUGAACUGCUAGGACCUUUUGCAUCCUCAUGGCUACGUUGACCCACAGGCACUGUCAACUGGUACAGUGGUACCUCGGGUUAAGUACUUAAUUCAUUCCGGUGGUCCGUUCUUAACCUGAAACUGUUUUUAACCUGAAGCACCACUUUAGCUAAUGGGGCCUCCUGCUGCUGCCGUGCCGCCGCCACACGAUUUCUGUUCUCAUCCUGAAGCAAAUUUCUUAACCCGAGGUACUAUUUCUGGGUUAGCGGAGUCUGUAACCUGAAGUGUAUGUAACGUAACCUGAAGUGUAUGUAACCCGAGUUACCACUGUAGUUUGCGCAGAGAUCUUCUGCCUCUGGAAACUGCACUGCAGGAAACAAAGCAAUUGGUGCCAUUUCCCCUAUAGCUGUCAACUUACAGAUUUGAAAAUAAGGGACCAGCAGCCAAAAUAAGGGACUUUAGUCAAUCAGCUCCCGAGCCAAAGGCAGAAAGCCCAGCCAGCCCAGCAGCCAAACGAAGCCUCAAGUGGUGGUUCCCACAGCGCAGCAAACCAGCGAAGGGGGUGCAGCAAGGGAAACCACCGUCACCUCUCCACUGGGAAGCGCUGAGCAAAGGCGAGUCCCCAGGCAACGUGGCUGAUUUGAUCAGCAUAAGGCAUGCAAGCUCCACCCCCCAGUCGUUCUUAGACUCUUUAUUGGGUAAGCAAUGCAGCCAAGCAACACAGUUGGAGCCUCCCUCCUCCCUGGCUGGCAGGGAGGGAGGGAGAGGAGCUGCUUCCUUUGAAACCCAGGAAAUUUAAGGGACAUCAUCAAUAAGGGACAGCAGCGGGACACGGCGCUGGGAUAAGGGACUUUCCCACUAAAUAAGGGACGGUUGACAGCUAUGCCCAUCGCCGCUGCACCUUUUACCUUCCUAUGCAUCCUUUCAUUAGCUUUUGUACAGUGCCUGGAGAUAUACAGGUGGAAAGUGAUUAAUAAAUAAGUAUUAUUAAUAACCAUGUGAACGCUUGGGCCACAGCUCAUCAGCAUUGCAUGCAAAAAGGUGGUGCUAUGGGAGAGGACAACAUCCCUAUAGCUCUUUAAAUAUUGGACUGCCUCUUGAGGCAAGUCUCCUUAAACAGCUGCGCUAACUCCUGGUCAGUUUCCUUGCACAAUUCAAUGUACUAGUUUGGAACCAGGAUCCCUGCAGGGUCUCUUUCCUCCAUUUCCUCCUGUCCAUUCGCUGAAGCUCUUGGCCAGGUGUGUCUGCUGAUUGGCAUGUGGGAGUGGAGGGGGGGAAGCUGCAGAAAGAGGCUUACUGGUGAUGGUGGACCAGUUGCGAAGCACACUUUCCAAGGAGCGGGGUGGGGAGGGGUGGUGCAGCUGAAGCCAGGAAUUGAUGCAACAAGAAUUUUUAAACAUUUAGUCCCAAGGGGGUGUGUGCAUGUGCCUGUGUAUAUAUUGUCUUGGACUGGCAAGGCAAGAAAGGCUUGCCCAGUAUGCAGCUGCUGUUGGAGAUUUUUUUUGCACAAGGUGACAAAGUCCAGGCUUUAAAAAAAGUAUUUUAUCCUUGAAUCAGCUGAUCCAAUGCUGGUGCUUUGAAUUGUUGUAUUAGUGUAUGUCUGACUUUUAUAUUGUUGUUUCAUUGAAAUAUUUGGUGUAAGCAGACAUGAGAAAAUUCUAUUUGAAAAGUGCAUUAUUAUUAUUAUUAAUAAUUAUAUUUUAUGUUUUCUCCAACCUGAUGAUCACCCGCCCUUUAUAUUGUUCAUUGUUCUUGCAGCUCCAGUAGCAAAAAUGGACCUAAGACUCCAGAUGAGUCUUGUGUCUGGCAUCUUGCUGCAGGGGACUUCUAAGGAUUCCAAGGCAAGGUAAGUGUUACUACAUGGACCAUUCCUACUUUGGGGGUGCCUUGGGCAGUUGUUUUUGCAAAAAUCUCUUUCUAUGUUGGGGGACCUUUCACCAAAGUCCUUUACUGUGCACUUUGUAGGCUCACUGUUCUGCUGAGAUGAGGACAGUGUGGUGCAACUCUAACAGUGCAUCUUAGUGUAUGUUUUGCGUUCCCUUGCUGGGCACAGGACUCCAGGUCUGACAAAGGUAGAAUAGAGUGGUACUAUUACUUCCCAUGAUCUGGACACUAUACUUCUGUUGAUGCAGUCUAGAAUAGCAUUAGCUUUUCUUUUUUCUUUUUUUGCUGCUGCUGCUGCAUCACACUGUUGACUCAUAUUAAGCUUUGUGGUCGACAAAGGACCCCAGAUCCUUUUCAUGUGGACUACUGGCAAGCCAGGUGUCCUCCUCCUUAUAUUUGUGCAGCUGGUUCUUCCUGGCUAAGUGUAGAACUAUUUGUCCCUAUUGAAAUUCAUUUUGAUAGCUUUGGCCCAGUUUUCCAAUCUGUUAAAGUCAUCUUGAACUCUGAUUCAGUCUUCUGCAGUGUUGGCUUCCCCUCCCACUUUGGUGUCAUCUGUAAAUUUGAUGCGCAUCCCCUCAAUUUCUUCAUCCAAGUAAUUUAUAUUUACCUUUAUUGUAUGAUCAUUCUUUUUGUGGUAUCAAAGGUGCAUUUUAGUAGCACUUCAAAAAACACUUUUUGCUCUUACUCGAUUCUAUGUUUGAGUCCAACUUUGAAGGUUGGGAUGUGCAUACCUUUUUUUAGCGACCUGGGUUUGGUACCCAGAUCCCAAAUUUUUCUUUACAGUGUUGGGACUAAAACGACACAAGUAAUUUCAAAUACACAGCAAUUCUUUGGGAAGGAGAUGCUUAAAAACAUGACAGUUUAUUUCCAGUCAACUAUGAGGCAAGCACAACUCUUUUCCUAACUGGCCCACCUUGGAUUGGGGUUCAGAAUCAGAACUGGAAGAAUCUUUAUUUGCAUCAGCCACUAGCCAUAGCAGUGAAAUGAAAUAAAAUGUACUGAAGAUAGAGGUAAAAACUUAGCUAUACAAAAUACAUUCUGGAGGUUUACAUCAACAAUCAAAUAAUAGAUCAUAUUCUAAUUGCUCCUGCUAUUUUCUCCCCCAGUUCUUGCUAUCACCUGAUUAUCUUAAUUUUCUAGAAGAAAAGCAACAGUAGCAAAGGUUGAACAACCUGGUUUGGAUAGUAGUAGAGGGGUGAUAACCUCACUCCUCAAUUGGAUUGGGAGAACCCAGCCAGAUGGGUGGGGUAUUAAUAAUAAUAAUAAUAAUAAUAAUAAUAAUAUCCCACCUCUGCUGCUCCUCAUUCCCUAAGAAGGGCAGAAAGCCUUUUUAUUUGAGGAGGCAAGUGAAAGACUAGGCCCACAUUUACACAGGAGAGACCCUAUAGAUCUUUUCCUUGGCAGCAACUGACUACAAGACCCACAGUGCCUGGCAGAAUAAAUGCUCCUUACAUCAGUUGCCAGUAGAGAAUAAACUGGCCUGACCCAUCCUAGCCCUUUGAAAAAGAAGGGAUGGCCAAAAUUUUAUUUCCUACAUGGCUGCUUCUGUCAAUCAGGCCUCAAAUAGUUGCCCAUAGGAAGCUGAGGCUGCAAAAUCCAAAGGUAACAGUAUGAUAAUAAUUUAAUUAGGACUUAUUAAAAUAUUACAAAGCAGAGAACAAGCUUUGUUCUUCUCAAAUCUUUAUCAAGUUGAAUGUAAAGCAAAAAGCAGCAAAAUUUGGAUGGAGGUGCACAAACUGAUCAGGAUGUAACCUCCCUGCAGUUUGUAGCAAGAGACUUGCAUUCCAAACCCCAUGCACGUUUUCCCGGGUCUGGAAGUACCGGUGGCCGAAACGGGACGUGUGAUUAGGUAUGCGCAAGACCAGAGUACUGAGUUCAAGGGAGCACAUUCCGGGCUACAUGCAAGAUGCCGCAGGUUGCUGCAAAACAGAGUUCAGGAUGCACCAAGACUAGAGCCACUGAGACGACCUGCCUCGCCAUCUGUGUUGUGUAGUGGGCAGUGCGCCCUCUGCAUGUGCUCAGAGGUUUCUUUUCUCCUGUUCUUCAGCGUUCUGGGGUCGAACCUCGGCUCAGAUUAAGUUCUGGGGGGUGGGAUACACCUCUUCAACAACUGCACGUGUGAAUGGGCGCAGUUGCAUGAAGCCCUUUUCUCCGCCGCCUCCGGCAACUGCAUCGGGGACGCUCCCUGGGACUUCUCCCGCCCGCCCUCCUUCUCCCCCGGGAGCGGAGGUGGGGGCUCGCCGCUUUCCAGCUUCCUUCUCCCGAACCCAUCUAGCCGGAGAUUUUUUCCAAGCUGACUCACAGAACUAAGGGCAGCGUCCUGUCAUCCCCGGCGCGGCAAGCUGUUGCUUGCGCCGCUUGCGCUCUCUGCCUUCGCCCUCCCUCUCCUCCUCCUCCCUGCGCCCUGAAUGGCUGGAGGGGAGGCGGGCGGGGGCGGAGCCCAGCCAGGACACGCCCCUCCGGGCCCCGCCCACCGCUCGGCUCUCUCCCUUGAGCAGGGACCGCAAUGAUUUAGAAGUUCAGGAAUCCCACGUGACGUCACGGAGGGUGAUGUAAUGCUUCUCUAAAUAGAACGUAUUGUAACCUUCUCUCAGUCCAACGUGGUUCCUUCACCCAGGCUGCUUGCUGGUCCUUUCCCUGCUUACACUUGUUGGGUAAGUCCCUCGAAAUACGGAGCUGCCUUUCUGAUUGCCCCAAAACGCAACUUUACAUCGCGUUGGGGGUGGGGGGUGGAAAAACAAAACAAAACAAAAAAGCAAAACUCGCCUUGCUCAAAACUUCUCGCUUGCAAGGGGUUUUGCUGCUGCUUUCUUCUUGCCCCAACGAGAGCGCGCGCGUGUGUGUCUGCGAAUUCACACACACACACGCGCGCGCGCGCGGGGCUGGUACUCCGCAGGGCAAAAGAAAACGCAAAGUGGCGAGGGGUUAAAACAACAACAGCGAUCGAGUAAAAAUUGCGAAAUGUUUGUAAACGAUGUUUUUUCCCUCUCUCUCUCUCUCCUUUCUUUCUGUUUUGGUUGUGCUGCUGUGUCUGGGAUUUUUCCCGGGUUGCUGCUACAAGUUGAUGGUUGUUUGGGUAUGACUUUCAUUUGGCAGAAGGAGCCGCUCUCGCUCUCAGCUUGGCGACCGGGAGGCGAGAAUUGGCUAGGUGGGAAAGUGUGCGAGAGACCCGAAGCGGGAAGAUGUAACGGGGGGAUGCGGGCGUCUCCGCGCGCUCCGCCUCUUUGCCCCGUGCGCUGGCACGGUGCGUUAUCAACUGGGAAGAUUUAUCUGUUAUUCGUUUAUUUAUUUGCCGGAGGAUGGGUGUGUGUGGAAGGAAACAACCCGCCUGGGCUGUGAAGAGUUAAAAUGGGGGGACUUCGCUAUAUAAAAGGCGAAGAAGCGGCAGAGGCAACCUUUGGCGACCGCCAAGUGCACGAAAGUUUGGGCGCUUGUGGAAUCAAAGCGGUGGCGAAGAAAGUCGUCCGCUUGCUGUUAGGGAGACUCCAUCACUCAGAUCCCACCUGUCGCCUCCACCCUCUGGCCCGACAAGACUUUGGGAACUUCGACGACCCGAGAAAGCCCUUCCCCAGACCCCGUAAAUUGCUGGGAAAGGAUCGCUUAGGCGCGGAGAACGGUGCGCUCUGCGUGUGCUCAGAAACACUCCAGGCGUAUGUGUUCCUCUGGCAUUAAAAAAAAAAAAGAUCCCUGAUGGGAGGGAGGCUGGCAGGCUGGCAACUCGUCCCCUGAACUGUUUCUUUUACAUGCCCCGUCCCCUUGGCUUGGGGGCACUCCUGAUGCCAUCGCCGCUUGCCCGCAAGAAACCAGAGAGGUAAACCUCGUGGCCAGCAAGUUGCCACCACCGCCGACCUCUUAGGUUCAGGGCAAGCGCUUCGUAAGGUGGAUCUCUGGGGAGAGAGCGACCCGGCUCGCCGCCCCGUGUCCUGUACCGGUAGCCCCGCGCAAGAUCUUCCUUGUUGGGCGCAAUGACAGCGCUCUCCUUCCCCACCAGCUCGCGGCUGCCUCCCCACCCCACCUCCUGAUCGCUUCGGAUCGCCAGCGCGAAAACUUUUGAACUCAGCUUAGGGACUAAGGAGCGACCAGGAGAAGUUUCAUCCUUUGGCUUGGGCCAUCUCGGCGAGGGGAGAGGAGACCAUUUCUCUGCGCCCUCCUUGCCGCGCCACCUUUCCAUCGCCCGUCCCCGCGUGGUCCCCUGUUGUUCCAAAAAAGGUGUGUGUGUGUGUGUGUGUGUGUGUGUGUGUUUGGUUGUUAGGUGGCUGCCCCUUCCUUUACACACACACACACACACACACACACACACAGUGUCGCCCCCGCCCUAUCUGACACUCUCUCUGGGAGUCAGAGGCUGGAUCCCGGGCCAUUACGUCAUUCUGCAGGCUAGUAAAAUGUGUGAUUAAGAGACUCCGAUCUUGGGGGCUGGGGGUUGGCCGGAGGAUCAGCAAUCCGGCUGAUCAGGCGCUGCUACCUGGCUCCAGGUCGACAGCUCUGUCCGAUUCCUUUAGAUCCAAACCCUCCCCCUCUUAAACACUGGGAUAUGUCUCUCCCCCCCCCCAAACUCUCCUUCUUGGCUAAGUUUUGUCGUCUGAGAAGAGCGUCAAAAGGGGAAAUGCCUGCUAAGCUCAACUUGCCUGCUGCGGUGUUUGCGCCAUGCUGAGCGAUCGUCGAGAUCCAGGGCUCCUAGGAAAACUUCGCAGCGCCAAAGACAAAGAGCUUUCUCCCACCCCCCACCUCCAGCACACACCCCUUUCCCCCUUUUAACCGGGAUAGUAGGCAAGUAGUAAGCCUGUCUCUUUAAAUCCCCACCACCAAGCAGCGCGAUGAGAAGUUUCUUACACGGAAUCGGGCUGAUACUGCACGCGCAAAGUUUGGAAGAAGGAAAAAGGUCUGAUCGGGAAGGGAGAGUUUUCUAGGGAUUUCCUGGUCAUCACCGAAAGGUUGGGCGGGAACAUUCCGAUCCCGAUUAUAUCUUACUUGGAAAUAUCCUAUUGAAUUUCCCGAGGUUUUUCUUUUUAAACCCAGGGAGCUUCCAGUUGUAGCAGCCUUUCCACUGGCUCCUGGGGACGCUGCACUUGGCUGAAACUAGGACCUGAGAGAGAUUUGGAACUGAGGUGCCUUGAGUCUAGCAAGUCACCUCAACUAACUCCCAAGAAAACUUUUUUUUUGCAGGAUGAAACUGUCAUGGAGAAAAAGUGAAUAUAAACUUAGGCGGAUAGAUUAUUUCAAUCCAGAUCUUGUCUGUACAUUCACAUAUCCACACACCACGCAAAUAUAAAAUCUGUGAGUGUGUUUAUAUAAUUUUAGGUUCUUCUUUUUGAGGGAAGAGGCAACACAACUCUGAAUUGUGCUGCGGCACAACUGGGGGUGGAGUAUGCUAAGUUUCGAAAGCUGUCUUUAGCAUCUUUUACUUUUACGCUUCAGAUAAAAUUUUCAGCAAGAACUUUAAACGGCUAAAUCUCAUUCUUGGGACUCCCCCCCCCCCUUCUCUUGUGCAGGUUGCAAAGCCCCAGAGAGAAGUGUGAUUAAUGAUCAGCUAUAAGUGAUUAGUGGUUUUAUUCAAACUGUUACCUCUGACCAGAAGCACACAUCAGAGGAUUAAGAGGCUCUUUUAGAUAAAUGCUCAUUAGUGGAAGGGGAAAAUCAAAGAUAAUAGGCAGGCACACAGAGACAACUUUCUAGGAAAAUCACUCCUGUCUUUGGAAUAAUAAGCUCUGUUCAGAGAAAGGCACUUUAAUUUAAAAGUUGCUUUUAUCUUGUAAAUCAAAGUUUGAUGUAGAAGUCCACCGGGCUAUUAUAACCUAGAUUUUCCCAUAUCCACAGGACAUAGAUUAUCCUGGUUGUGAUAUUUCUUUUCCUUAUAAAGAAACAAUUGGGAUCUUGAAAGAAACUAAUCAUUCCCAAGUCCAAGUAUCUUAAGGUAUCCACUUUGAACGUAAGCCUGAGAGACCUGUUGUCGGUUAACUAGAUGGCACAGUACAGUAUAUACAUCCUAGAGAUGUAUAGUUCUCCAGUGCAGUGUCCUUUAAUGCUUUCAAAAAAAGUUGAUUCUAUCCCGGGUUUAAGGCUAGACAGUUCUAUACAUUUUUAGUCACAUUUUCCAAGCAAGUUAAAGGCUCGUGGAAAAAUUAAUCUCACCGCUUCAAGAAAUGGAAGGGGUGAGAGCGGGUUGGUGGGUGUCAAACACUUGAUUAAAGUACUGUAGUUACUUGGAACGGGAGAUCUGCUUUCAACAGUGGAUUGAACAGCUAGAACUCCACUAGUCUUACAUUCAGAAUCAUAGACUCAGACAGAUUUUCCAUGUUACUUUUACUGUUGAGAGAGAACAAAAUACGGGCACUAGGAAGGAGAGUUGACUUGUGGAUUGGGUGAAGCAACUUAUCCUCCAGAAUGCGGUUCUUUUUUCCCUGUUCCACUCUUUUCUUCUGCUGUCUAUGUGCUAUCCUGUGUUUUGUGGUGAAUUAUUACCUAUUGCUUAUUAUACUUCGUAAAGUAUCAUGAUAAUGGUGCUGUACUUCCAUUUAUGUCUCCUGCUUGUGCUGGGAGACAGAGCUCAAACAGUAAAUUUGACAAACAAAACAACUUGUUUAUUAUGUGGUGCCAAUGGUUACAACUGCUCAGGCUAAACUCUCUUUAAAAAGAUACCUACGUCCAGUGAGUAGCGGAGAAAGAAGUAAGACUAGGGGUGAUAUAUUUGACUUGAAGUGUUGUUUAGGAUUGCAGUAUAGGUAUUCUGGAUAUCCUUCUCUUGUAUAUAAAAAGGUGAGGCCUGAGACAGAUCCGUUUACACAGCAAACUGUAUUAACAGCAAAAAUUGGUGUUGCAAUUCAGACUGGAAUGGGAAUGAGGCUGAGGAAAGGGGGAUCUCAAAAAGAGCAUAGUUUGAAACUGCAAGGAAAGCCCAAGGUAGAGUGGGCCAUCUAUAGUUUGCUAUGACUCUUCAGAAGUCACUGGCUCCAUUUGUCUAGAUGUUGUGCAUUGUGAUAUUUAGUGCGAGGGCCCUUUCUAGAAUCUAGAGAAGUGUUCCUGGUCUCUCGGCCCAGUUAUUACAAACUUUUUAUAGCAUUGCACCUAAUCUAAUCUUGCAAUAUUCCCACUUGGAAAUCAGUCCUGUCUAGAAAAUAGGGUAGAUCCAAUGUGCGAUUCUCAUACACCUGUGUUUAUUUCACGCUGGGUGAGAGGCAUUGAUCAUCACAUGUGUGAUGAAGUAUGUCAUGUAUUGGAAGUUUGUAACAUUUCACAAAUGUUUGCUCACACCAGGUUUAGAGUUUAGGCAAUUGGCACCGCGUAGUGUGUGUGUGAAGCGGCCCUUAGUUGGAAGGGGGUAACUAUAAAUUGACUUAAGACACUUGAUAUUUUGCCGUCCUCCCAUAUUAGCAAAUCUUUAUUUAUGCUGGCAGUAGGGACAAAGCAAUUCUAUCUGCACACCUCAACAGAAAGACCCAAACCCACUUUGAGAUAUUUUGUACUUCAGCACAAUACAAACCAGGGUGCCUAUCAUGAAUAUGCCUCGUGUUUUUUUAUGAUCUGGGCUGCUUUAGAAUGUUCUGUUCUUCCUUUUUUGUGCGAAAAUCAUCCUAUGUGUCUAGUUAAAAAAAAUUGUGCAAGCCUCAUAAAUUAGGAAGCUGCCUUUGGUGUGAUCUGCCUUUAAGUGGAAACCUAGUUUAGGUUCAUAUGAAAUUUCAUACAACUGACUGUCUUCCUGAUGGCGGAUAAAAUUAGCCCUGUGUAAUAUUUCACAAUUUUCAAGUUCCAUCAGCAUUUCUUUUCUUUUGCCAAAGUGUAUUAAUGCACAGCUUAAAACACUUACUUCGGCAAGUUGAAAAUUAUCUUCAACAGAGGAUAAUAAAAUUUGGUCCCAGUCGCUUGUUACCUUUGUCUACACCUCUUACUACUUUAAAAAUGGUUAUGUAGUUACAUUUGUUUAAAAUCCACAUUAAAGUCAGGAUUCUAAAGGCUGUUGAAUCCCCCCCCCUUAGUCAUUCCAUUUAACUGAAUGAUCCUUUCCUGAAUUUGGUUUUGGAUUUGCAUAUAGAUUUUUUUAAUCGUUAAGAGGCUAACCAGUUUCAAUUAAGUCAUUUAAAAUGCAUUGCAGGUCAUAUAGUUGCUAGUUCACAUCCAGACACAUUUUGUUACCUGAUUUGUUUAGCCAUGCUGUAGCUGUCUGGGCAUGGGUUUGAGAGUAAAGAACUUCCACCUCUAGUUAGUGUAUGUUAAAGAGUUACGGUCCUGGGAUGAAGUUCUUAGCACAAUUGUGUUGCUUGAAUUCCACUGUAGCCGAUGCAGAAACAUGCAGGACUGUGGCUCUGGUUUUCCGGAUGUAGAACGUUGCCAAAUCUAAUAUCUGAAGGCUGCAAACCAUGCAAAUCGUGUACAGUUUGGUACAUGUCACAUAGCUGCAUCAGGAGGUACUUUGUGAAGCAUAGCACGGAAUCUUAAAUAACAAGAGUUCCCACCCAGCCUGAUAGCCCUUUGUUUCCGUCUUCAAAAACUUAAUGAAUCAUGUUGUUGACUCAGUUUGGUGAGAUGCAAAAUGUAAAAGGAGGUGUGAUAUUAACUACGAACCAAAACUUUAAAGCCGUGCUAACACGACAGAUGUGUUUCUCUAAAUUACUUUGUUAAAUUUGGAAACGGAUGCCAAACACACAGUCCUAAUUUUUAGUGCUUGCAUUCAGGUAAUGCUGUCUUAUUUGGGAAGUUAAUUGAAAUGUAAUUCAUUUGCAGAUAAAUAUACUUAGGAUUGCUGCCUUUGCAUUCCAGUCCUCAGCAUGUUUACAUUGAUUUGAAUGGAACUUACUUUUAGGUUUAGGGUCUUUAGGUAUCAUCAGUGCACUACUUUUCUGGUUAAAAAAAAAAGGUUACUUGCAAUCCAAUCCAAUAAUGUUUACUCCAAAGUAAGUACCAUAACUUCUAGUGUUGCAUACUCCAAGCAAGUAUGAAUGGAAUUGCAGCUUUAGUAAGUUACUAGGUCAUAGCAAUAACUAGACCAGAGAUUAUCUGGUCUAACUGAGUAUCAGCCAAGUUAAAAAGUAGGAAAAUGCUUAUACAAGGAAGUAAUUCUUUGAAUAUAAUUGUUAUGCCCAUCAUUCAUGUUCCGUAAUAAUAACUGUUUAAUGGGGAAUAAUGGGAAAUAACACUGUGUUGAGUUUUUAUAGCUAAAACAUAUUUGAGAUGUUUUCAAGCCUGAGCCAGCCAGCAUCUUUAUAAUAAUAGCUUGCUUGGUGUUCCCAGGGACAUUUGCAUUACGUAUAUCCAUCUCUUUUGAAAUAAAGCAUAUGUGGUUCUGUACAAUGCAAAUUAAAACAAUGGAUAAAACAGAAUGCUCCCAAAUAAUUGGCUAAUAAAAAACUGUGAACAAACAAACAAUUAACUAAAUAAAUAAUAAAGCAGCAGAAGAAACCAAGUAGAUCUGCUAGGGAAGGAAACCCCUUGAAACUCAGAAAGGCCUGAAUUGUCUUCUGAAAAAGCAUAACUCUUGAAUACCAUUGAAAAGCCAACAGAAAGGAGGCAGAAUCAUCAACAACCAUGUUUUUACCCCGGAGAUCUGGCUGGGUUUCCCCAGCCACUCUGGGCGGCUUACAGCACAUAUAAAACAUAAUAUAAAACAGAAAAAACAUCAACCAUUGAAAACUUCCCUAUACAGGGCUGCCUUCAGAUGUCUUCUAAAACUCUUCUAAAAGAACAGCUCCAAAGCCUUGAUUUCCAUGCCUUGAGAAUACAUGUACUGGAUGGAGAAUCUCUAUACUGUGAGACCCUGCAGCACCCAUACAUUCCAUGGUUAUAACCACACUUGACAACUGUUAUCUGCUCUAUGUGAGGCUGCCUUCAUAGAUGGUUCAGAAGCUUCAACUGCUGCAGAAUGGAGGUGCCUGCUUGUCUGUGGGGACCAGGCGCUCAGAGCACACAACACCUAUGUCGUUUUAGCUGCCUUGCUUGCCAUUUCUAGUGACCUUUGAAGCUCUGAAUGAUUUGGGACCAAGCUGCUUGAAAAACCACCUGCACCAUAUCAGUGUGUCUGGGCUUUGAGAUAGCGAUGGACCCAUAAACAGGGCCUUCAUAGCCUAAGAAUGGUUAAGUCCGGUGAGCCAGUGUGGUGUAGUGGUUAAGAACGGUAGUCUCGUAAUCUGGUGAACUGGGUUCGCUUCCCUGUUCCUCCACAUGCAGCUGCUGGGUGACCUUGGGCUAGUCACACUUCUUUGAAGUCUCUCAUCCCCACUCACUUCACAGAGUGUUUGUUGUGGGGGAGGAAGGGAAAGGAGAAUGUUAGCCGCUUUGAGACUCCUUAGGGUAGUGAUAAAGCAGGAUAUCAAAUCCAGACUUUUCUUCUUCUUAAGUCCGGUGAGCACCUUUCUGUUUAUUUAUUUAUUUUACUUAUGUAUUAAAUUUGCAUGCUGCCCCUCACCUGCGGAUCUCAGGGUGGCUGCCAACAUAAAAAUGCAAUAUAAGAGCACAAAAUACAUGGCAAAAACAAGAAAAAAGAAGCUUAUGUAAGCAUAGUGACCCCGUUCCCUCCCCAGCAUAGCCUCUGCGCUAAUGUAUUUUUUAAUACGUGUAUUUUUUAAUGGGCCUUAAAUACCAUUUUAUUCCCAACUGCUUUUAAUUGACAUGGAUGCUGAGGAUUUGCCACUUUAAGGUGUGUGUGUUUGCUUAAUGCAUUUUCUGCUGCUUGUUUAUAUAGUUUUCUUCGGUUGCUGUUGUUUUAUCUGCUGCUGUUUUAAUUCAGAUAUAUGAGUGUGUCUUGUUUCAAUGUAUUUAAUAUUGUGUAUCACCUUAAGGGAGUAAGUCUAAAAAGUUGAGAGAGAGAGAGCGAGAGACUACUUCUUCUUUUUUUGAGAAAAACUCCUUGAAACAAGGUCAUUUAAAAUUCUGGGCAGAGUUUUAAAAGUACGGAUUGGUUCAUUUGAGAGAAGGCAGCCUCUAGGCCAGGCAUAGGCAAACUCGGCCCUCCAGAUGUUUUGGGACUACAAUUCCCAUCAACCCUGACCACUGGUCCUGUUAGCUAGGGAUGAUGGGAGUUGUAGUUCCAAAACAUCUGGAGGGCCACAUGUUGUCCUUGACUGGUGUAGACCAUGCUUAACCAGACCAGUAGUCUGACUUGGUGUACGGCAGAUAGAGAUGCUUAUGUUUGGCUGCCUAUUGCUUUAAAUGCCAGUACCUCCCCUUAAACUGGGCCUGGGAAGCCACUGGGAUCUAAUGAAGCUGUUUGAAAAUUGGCAUCAUAUGUUCCCUAUGGCCCACCCCAGUUGACAGUUUGGCAGCAGCCAUUUUGACUCAGUCAUCUUUUCUGAGAACUCUUCAAAGGCAGCCCCACAUGAUCUUACUUAAUUAAAAGUUGGUGUUCUGAUUUUAGCAUGCAGAUGGUGAUUGUAAUAAAACACUUGAAUAUAUGGAGUUGUCCAAGGGAAGAUGGCUGGGUUUUUGUUUUUUUAACGGGGUAUUAUAAACAUAAUUUCUAAUAUUUUUCCAUACAGCAACAGUGGCAAAUGGCUUUAGAUACCUAUUAGGUCCAUAAAUGACCAUAUAGCAUAUUUUCAACACAAAAAACAACGACAAUUUGUUGUUGACAAAGGACAACUGGACAUAUAAAGGGCCCCAUUACCUUCAGUAGCUUAGGGCCUCAUCAAACUUUAAUGUGGCCCUGAUAAAGAUGCAAAACUGUUAUGGCAUGAUCAAAGAAGGAAAACAUUCAAGACUUCCAUAGGGUAUGUGCCAGCUUUCGGAUGAACCUAAAGUAGUUCUCUGGAUUGUGGACCAGGGGAUUGUGGCAUGUAAUGGUUUAGUGGUUCACCAAAGGAAGCAGCUGAACUGUAAGGAAAUAGGGUGAAUUAGCUAGGAAACCUGAACAGGUUACAUACUCAUAGAACCCAUACUGGGACAACACACUUUAGUUAUCACUUAUAACUCAUUCCUCGUGUGGCAUUUACAGUGAUGGUGGUAAAGUGUAGGUCAUAUCUAUUCACUUGUGAUGGGAUUAUGUCUGAAGGAGGGAUUCCAAUCCAUGUAGUGAUUGUAAAUUCAGAAUCAGGGAGACAGUAUUAGUCUGGAUUAAUUAACACAGAGCACCCCAUUCCUGUUGCAUAUGGGGUGCAACAGUCAGUCUUCUGAAAUUACAGUAGUGCUGCUAUCUGGUCCUUAGUUAUUUGGCUUUCACCACUGCUCUUAGUCUUCCUUAUAGCAUCCGUAUAAUGCUACAUAAGACAAACAGCACUUUUUAAAAGUACUGUAAGAAAUCCGAUAUAUACAAAUUAAGGGUCGACAUGACCCAAUCCACUAGGGUGGCCAUGUGUCCCAUUUUAUAGAGGACAGUCCUCUAUUUGUAGAGCUGUCAGGGGACAGUUCCCUGUUUGAAGGAGUCCUCUAUUGAAAUGUCUGUCUGGUUGAAGUCUAAUUUAAAGAUAAAUAGAAGGAACAGCAGCAACCUUGAAGUUACCUUUCAACAGCACUGGAAUGGACAGCAGAUUCAGCAGGAACACACCUGGUCACCUGUCUUGAUGGUGGCAAUGUAUUGCAUUUCCCUUUAAAUUAGAGCCAUUCUUUCUACAUUUGUAUCUAUAGAUAUAUAUUAGCAUAUGCAAAUUGUAUGCAGAUUUGGGCCAUGUUUUGUCCUCUUUUUGUUAUUGCAUAAGUGAACAUCCUACCUCUCCCCUCACCCUAGAAAACAAAUUACUGAAUUGGGAUUUUUGUGAACUACUGGCUUUUGCAGUUCCUGAAACAUAGGUCCUGGCUAUUUACACAUUCAGGGUGAUCUCCAGUCCUGGUUUCCCCAAUGGACUUCUGUUUGUAUGCAUUGGAGUUGCCUUCCUCUCUUCCGCUCUGCAACUCCUAGUGCCUCAACCCCCAUCUCACCCCAAAUCUGCUGUGGAGGGGCAACCCUUCAGAAUAGAUGGGGUGUGAAGAACAAGAAGGACAUUGGAUCUGCAACAUUGGAUCUGUCAUGUGUGUGUGUGUGUGUGUAUUGUCCAUGCAAAUACAGAAAUGCACUUUUGUUUCAGCCUUGCAAAUGUAUGAACUACUUUGUUGCGCGUGAAUAAGCCCAGGGACGGCCUAUAUGCAGAAGGGCAUAGAAACAAUUCAGAUGAAACUUGCAAUAAUCUGGCUGCAUCACAUAUAUAAACAUUCUUCACACUGAAUCAAGUUUUGAAACGUUGAAGAGCAGGCUUUUAAAGAAAGAAGAUUAACUUUGGAAGACGUGGAAUGAAAUCAUGAGCAAACAUAUACAAAAAAAUGAAUUGGAGUUGAAGGAGACAUUUGUCCAUACCUACACUUUUUGGACAUUUAUUUAUUCUCUUCCUUUCUGGAAUUUGUUUCCUACUUUGCCCUGCCAGAGCUACAUACCCCUAGGCACAGCUAAACUGAUUUAACCUUUUCGCAGGCAAUGGUUUGUGAGCUCUUUUAUUUGGGACUACAGUCACUGGCAGAGGAAGAGGAGUGCGGGGGGAGCGCAGUGCGAUGCCGGUGGGGUGCCAUUGUGGCUGCCUCCCCACCCACGCUGGGCGCCCCGCCCCAGGGACAUGCGCCAGCCCCACCCCCACCUGCUCUCCACCCGCCCCACUCCCCCAGUGCCGGAGCAUGAAGCUCUGUCACUGGGUACAGUUCUAAAUAUUGGGCUUUCUAUAUGUGUUUUGAAUGUUUCCAAUGGGUUUUUGGACUCAGUAUACAAAAGCCAUAAGAGAGUGUGUGUGUGUGUGUGUAUGUUUUUUUAGCAUAUCAUUUUCAACAAUUAUUGAACAUACUUUCAUAUCUUAUACAAUUUUUUGACUUCUGUCAAUCACAUCUGAAAAUUUUCCAAUCUUUUUCACAUUUCUUACUUUCACUGUUACAUUUAAAUAUCAUAACUAAUGCCUCUCCUCUUUGCAAACUUCUUGUAGUCCUACUAGCGUAAUUUGUUGAUUACAGUUGCUCUUCAAAUAGUUCGUAUAUUUCUUCCAAUCUUCUGCAAAUCUCUGGUCCUGCAGGUUUCGAAUCCUUCCUGUCAUUUUGUCCAAUUCUGCGUAGUCCAUUAAUUUCGUCUGCCAUUCUUCUUUCGACGGUAUUUAUUCUUGCUUCCAUUUCUUGGCGAACAAAACUUUUGCCGCUGUUGUUGCGUAUAAAAACAGUUUAAUGUCCUGUCUAUUAAUGUCCUCACUUAUAACAAAAGCCGUAAGUUAAAGCUUGUUGAAGUAGCAGGUACUAGUGCUGCCUAAUGUACUUUAAUUAUGAUGUUACCACAGAGAGAGAAGCUGGUCCAAAUGUUUAGGGUUAUGACCCAUGAUUUACAUAACGGAAGCCUCAAUCCACAUCGUUCACUUUCCUCCAACAAACCAUUAGGCUAUCUCGCAUAAUGCUUUAUACUGUAGGUUUCAUCUGUACACCAUAGGUUCUAAUUUUUUUAACCCAAAUAUCCUUCAAACUUUUUUGCUUUAAUUUAACUUCAUUCCUAUUUGUAUGUGUUUUUCUCUUCUGCAAUUGUCUUAAUUUGAACACUACUCCUCUUUCCUAAGUGCCUUUUAUUUUAUUUUAUUUUCUGUGAGUUCUAGUCUGUGGUUUUAUUGGGAUUGUAGAAUUGGCUGUAUGGGGCAUAGUCUGGCAAUAGGGAUAUGCUCUUUAAUUCCCAUCUUAUACAGAAUUAUUUGGAAACGAAUCCCAUUUGUUUACUGGAUAAAUGUGCCCAAGGUUGGAAUGUUUGAGUUGCCAGAAAGGAAAAGGAUGGGUGAACAAGUACGCAAGAGCAUUAAAUUUAAUUUUGAAUUCUCCUAAAUACAGCCUGUCAGUAGUCUCGCUAUCUCCAUUUUCCCUAGAGGCAAAAUACUUCCUGGCACUCGACUGGGUGCUUGUGACAUGACUACACAUACUGCCAGCUUCUUUGUGCUUCAAAGUUAAUUUGAUGAAGGCUGCAGUCCUAUAGUUGCUUUCCAUGGGGAAAGCUCCAUUGGAUUGAAUGGGCCCUAUAUCUGAAUAGACAUGCCUAGGAUUGUAUUGUAAAUGUCAGGAUUGUACUGUAAAUGUGGGAAUCUCAGGGCAGCCAUUCUCAGAUUUCUUUGGAGGUGUCUUGUCUUGUCUAGAAAUUGACAUAGGAGAAUGGCAGUUAAACAUUCAACAGUGGAUCAGAGGCUCUGAAGUGUAAGAAAGUGAAAGGUAAGUUUAGGAAAUUCAAAGUAUCAUUUCAGUGCUUUUGUUUGCUACUCUUUCCUUGCAUGCUGCUCAAAACUGGUUCAGAUUAGCAUUGUUUUUCUAGAAAUUGCCACUAUUUGAAUAAAUAAUUUUCACUUUUUUUGUAUUCAGACAGUAUCUAUUUAGUGUGUGAUGUAGAUACAUAGAAGGAAAAACAACAAAGCAUGCAAAGUAUUUAUAAUUCUCAUAAAGUACAGUAUCUCUCCGCUGAAAACCAGUGGACAAUAGUGCAACUGGCUGGAGAUUUCAAUUCCCAUGUUCCUGAAAGUGUUUAUUACACUUUGUAUUGCUGUAUUUUAAACAAUGGGCACAAACCGCACAAAGAUAAGCACCACUGAUUUCAAUGGGAAAGUUCAGCAAUGUGCUUAACUUCAGCAGGAUAGGACCCUAAAUGAUGUUUGCUUUCAAGGAUGGCAUUCACGUAACUUAGAGAAACAAUGCACAUUGUAAUAAUCCCCGCUUCAAAUUGUUUUGUUUCAGGUUGGCUCCAGUCCAUUGAAGGAUAUCAGUAUAUCUAACCUGAAGCAAAGAUCUUUAACAUUUCUUCAAUUGUUCACAUGGGCCAGGAUCCAAAGAUCCAGGCCCAGACUAGACGAGACACCAUUAACACAAUUAGCCUUAAAAAUAAAAAAAUAAAAAUAAGGAGCAGGUGAGGGCGUGAUCUGGGUUGGGCCCAUGUUUUGUGGGAAUUGGUGGACUUGUUAUUCUUUGCUCCUCACUGUGCGACUGAUCUGGAUUGGAGACCCCACAUCUGCUAUUUACAUCAGAAUACAAGCUCCCAGUCAAAGAUUUUGAUGCAAUUCAAAGUAAGCAGAAGGGUCUCUCUGGGAUGGAUCAGCAUGGUGGGGAGGGAGGGAGAGAGAAAAGGAUGGAAGCUGCUAGUUCCCAUGAUCCCAACUCAGGUCAGACCCCCAUGCUAAUUCACACAACUUCUAGAGUGGUACCUCCGGUACAGUUCCAGAAGUCCGUUCUUAAACCAAAGCGUUCUUAAACCAAGGCGUGCGUUCCCAUAGCAGCGGGGGACUCAAAUUACAAAUGGAACACACUCAACAGGAAGCGAAACAUGUUCUUAUUCCAAGGCAAAGUUCACAAACCAAAACACCUACUUCCGGGUUUGCAGCAUUCUUAAUCCAAGUUGUUCAUAAACUAAUAAUAAUAAUAAUAAUAAUAAUAAUAAUAAUAAAUUUUAUUUAUAUCCCGCCCUCCCCAGCCGAAGCCAGGCUCAGGGCGGCUAACAACAAUCAAAUAAUCAAACAAUCAAAUAAUCCAACAUUCUAAAACAUUUCAUUAUAAAAAUUAAUUAAAAUCAAAUUAAUGGCAACCAUUAAGCAAAAUUCUGUGCAGGUUGCCAGAGGAGGGAGUCAGGCUGGGCCCUGACCAAAGGCCUGGUGGAACAACUCUGUCUUGCAGGCCUUGCAGAAAGAUGUCAGGUCCCACAGGGCCCUAGUCUCUUGUGACAGAGCGUUCCACCAGAUUGGAGCCGCAGCCGAGAAAGCCCUGGCUCUAGUUGAGGCCAGCCUAACCUCUCUGAGGCCUGGGACCUUCAGGAUGUUUUUAUUUGCAGACCAUAGGUUCCUCUGUGGGGCAUACCAGGAAAGGCGGUCCCGUAGGUACGAGGGUCCUAGGCUGUAUAGGGCUUAAGAACUAAGCUGUUCUUAAACCAAGGUACCACUGUAACUGCAUGAGCAGUGUCUGGUAUAAGGAGGCUUCAGAUCUGAUUUUCUUAAGAGGAUCUGGAUAGCUCAGUUGGUUAGAGAUUGGCACUGAUGAUGUCACGGUUGCAGGUUUGAUCCCUGUUAUAGGACAGCUUCACAGCCCUGAGUUUCAGGGGGUUGGACUAGAUGACCCUCAAGGUCACUUCCAACUCUACAAAUCUAUGAUUCUUAAGUAACAGAUGCCACUCUUUUGGCAAAUCACACUUCAGUUUCCAAAGCAGUUUGCGAUAGGACAUGGGGGCAGUAGUUACAAAAAAGCAAACAGGAUUUUUUGCUGGGCUGUAUACACACCAUACAUUUAAAGCACGCACCCUCCUCACAUACCUUUAAUGAAGGUCUUUAUGAAAGAGAAGUGGAAUUCAGUAAUCCUGGAAAAUGUAGUUUAACAAACAACAGUUCCCAGAAAGAUUCUUUGGAGAGGGGCUAUUGUUAUGAGAUUGUAUGAGGAGGGCAGAGCCUCCUAAAGGUGUUAAGAUUUCGUGAAAGUUAGAAUUAAUCAAGGUUUGAUUAAACUUUGCCAAACACAGAAACCCCCUGCAUUUAGUUAUGCUAAUGAGCCAAGCCAACUGGGUAGAGGUAGCUGAAUGUCAGGAUGCUGUCAAUGGCUCCCGGCUGGUUGCCCAGGAAAGUAUGAAGACAAGGAAAAGUUUCUUACAGUCCUUUUUAAUUUCAGUCUUUACACAGAGAGGCUAUAGAAGCCAGCCUCUUGGAUAAUGGUGUUGUCCCAAGUGAAUCCCCACCCACAUUUCUCCCACUUCCUCAUUCAUCAUCUUCACCAUCUCCUCUACGGGUGCUGCUACCUGCCCUCUGUCUUUGAGCUCUUUGCUCUCCUACUUUUAAAGCUUGCCAGGUUCUGGGAGAUGGAGGGUCUGGAAUGCUUUCUAACGACAACAUGUUGCUCUGGCUCUCCCAUGAUUUCCCAACUUUCCCCCUCAUCUGCCUCUGAACUGCCACCUCCCUCAAAUCCCUGUUGUAAAUCUACACUGUCUUCCUCUUCCUCCUCCCUGGAAGGGUCAGAAUGGGGAGAUGGUCUCCACCACUCCUCCUCUGCCCAGUCCCUGACACUGGAUGGGCCAUUAGCAGGGGACAAAGGCUGGUGAUGGAUAGUCCAUCCAGGAAACCAUCAGAGGGCAAGACUGUUAGGCAAGGGGGCAUGGCGCCCCUUCUUUGCUGGGUGCUAGCAGGCAGAGGCAAAGACCAGGUUUAGGGUUUCAACCAUUUAGACGGGGGUGAGGUCCUUGGAAUCAGCAGUGAGAAGGAGGGAUGGAACUGUAUGUGAUGUGGGGAUGACAGGCUGGAACUAAGAGACACAGAGGAUGACUUUUCACUGUCCUUUGAAUCCAGCGCUGCCCUUAAGGGGGAACCCAAGCCCUCAAAGGAUGUGAAUACUCUGCAAUCCCUCCAUCUAGGUGCAGGUUGUAUAUAUGUGUAAAUAAAACCAUAUAUCAUAAAGACACUGCAGUUUCUAUUGUGCCUUGUUGUUCCCAAAGGGAACACAGACCCUGGUAUGUGCACCUGCACCCCCUGGAAUCUUGCACCGCUCAUGAAGAUUGGGGUGGUGUCAGGAGCGCCGAUUUGGGUCCCAGGUUAUGGAGGCCUAGUGCACUCAACGUGAUGUCAUAUGCCCUGCGGCCUCAGAACCUGACUUUUGUGGGUGCUCGGGCCCCCAGGGCCCCCUAGAGUUGGUUGCCCUCUGUGGCAUGUAACAAUAUGUAUGCAAGCCCUGGGCAGAUUGAACCAACAUUCUCUCUAAAGAAUCAACAAAGACUCUCCUCCUGCAAAAGAGGGGAGUGGUUGUGGGCGGGAGCUGGUUCCCGCCUCAAGCAGGGGGCGUUAGGCCCCCUGCCUCCUCUCACCUGGCUGGCGCACCACGCCCACGGGCAGGCACCCAACCAGGUGCCUUCGAAGGGGUGUGGACGGCAGCGUAAAUCGCUGCUGCGCCAGCCACGCGGCCCUCACUCUUCGUCAUCCCGUCGCGAGUCACCCACCCUCUACUCCCUUAGAGAUCAGGGUCUCAGUUUUUUUUGGCCUUGCUAUGGACCUUAGGUUGGUUGCCCUGGUUGUCCGGGAGGCCUGGUAGGAAUUUUUCCAUUUGGCAUUAGGCUUUGUGGUUUUUUGGCCUACCUUGUAGCAAUCGUCACAACUUUCGUGAUAUUGGUGGGUAGGUUAGGCAUUGGAAUAAUGUGUUGUGGUGUGUCGAAGGGCUAGGUGUGGCCAUCGCCUACGCCUUCAAUUUUUGGGUAUUCCGUUAAAGGAAUCCGGCAGUCGUGUAUUCUGUCCGAUGGCUGCUUGGCGGGAGGCCAUGGCACGACCCUCGGUGACACCAGGGGAGAGCUUAUAGUUGGAUUAGCAUCAACAGGCUCCACCUACUGGUGAAUAAACCUCCCUCUCUAGACUCACCCCUCUCUGAGUGGGUGGAGUCAACUGACAUAAUCCAAUGCCUAAGCCAAUACCUUUUUCACUUGCUGUAAUCAAUAAAGUUGUGGCCUUUUCUUGCCCAUUAACCUUAUAUCACGUGUCCGUGUGUUUUCAUUCCACUAUGUGGGGAUCGGGUCCUCGAACCACAAGGCGACUCGAAAUUCCUUUUAUCAGCUUUGGCUGAAAUGCCAGCUGGGACCUACCUGAAUGGAAAUGGCUUGGCCACCGUUCCAUACUUCCUCCUACCCUUUGACUUCAGUGUUUGAAAUUAGCCAGGCGCCAGGCGUGUUUUGUGACUGACACAGGUCCAAUUGUGACCACUUGGAAAUCUCUGGAUGCUAGAUUGGCAACUGAGGAAAUCAAAAUGUCCCUUAGAGAAGGAUCUGAAAUACGGUCUUUGAAGCUUGAAUUUGUUUUGUUUGAUCUUUUGAUGUGUAAACAUUUGUUCUUUAAAAUAUAAAGUGGAAUAGAAAUAAUAAUAAUAAUAAUAAUAAUAAUAAUGAAGUCCACUGCAAAACAAAAACAAACUAAAACAGCACCUAGACAUUCCAUUGUGGUGACCGUAACCUAGGUUUAAGGUGCCAUUUGGAGAUUAAAUUAUAUAGAUGGGUUUCUAACACUGCUUGGCUUGGCCUAUUUAUAUCAAUAAUCAUUAUAGCAGCUCUGUAAGGUAGUAGUGGUUUGCAGGGUAAUGCCUUUUAAUGAAUUCCUGAAUCACAAAACUAAUGGUCAAACACUACGCUAGAUAGUGUAUAGCAUGUAGCUACAUGCCUUGUUUUUCUUAAAAUUUCUUAAGUUAAUAACAGCGGGGUUGGGGAGGGUUAUUAUUGGGAUCAAAUAGCACAAGGGGGGGCUUAUCCUGUCCCUUCCUUUCCCAGCCACAAACCCCUCCAUCAUACCCAUGUGGCUAUAAGAAUUGGUAUUUUUUAAAAUCUCAUUGGCGCCAAUGGAACUUUUUCUUUUAAGCUUUGCAGCCAUACAUGGGGGAUUUGGGAUGCGGCUGUUGCUCCUAUAAACCUCUCUGAAACUAUUAUUACUUUAAGAAAAACAAGACAUCUACGCAUUAAGCACCACAUGUAGUUUAACAUAUGAACAUUACUAGGAAUCCGAAAAGCUGAUUCAGGGAGCACCUGUUUUAUUUUUUAAUUUUUUUUCAUGUGUAUAAAGAACUGCAAAUUACUACAUUAAUACGAGACAAACUGUGGUUAAGGUGAAUGGGACCAGACAAUUACGGCAGACUGAAAAACAUUGUGGAGGGCUGGCAAAAAUACUUUGCCCACAUUUGUACACGGAUAAAACGUCUGGCAAAACAUGUCAUUCCCUUCCAUCACUGAGAAGUUGUUACUCAGAUGCAGUGCUAUUUUUCUAGAAAAAGUCGCUGGAACUCGCAAUGAACACUUCCCUUAUUCUCUUAUAAUGGCAAUGGCACCUACCUGAGAGGUGCCGAAACUGAGUUCCAACUGAAAAAAAGCUCUCCUGAGAUGUAAUCUGUAAAAACAGACGAAAGGGUUUCAUAACUAAAUAUACAUUCCUGUGAGUUGAGAGAUGAGUACAGCCCUGAAUUCACUGGGAUUUACUUGGGGGAUAAGUGUACUUAUUUAUUUAUGUAUACUGUGUCAUAAAAUAUAUCAAAGUGGUUUACAGCAAUAAAAACAUAAAACCAUACAAUAAAAGCCAUAAAAAUAUAGACUUAAAGCCAUGCAAAACUUGUCAGGAUGCUUGAACCCAAAUAUAUUUACUCAGAGGCGAGUCGCACUGAGUUCAGUGGAAAUUACUCUUAAAUAAGGACUGCAGCCUUAACGUGAUUAUUCAUCACUCACUUUUUCAGUGGAAAGAAAGGGCAUACAAAUUGUUGACAUGCUGCAUUGCUAUCCUUUACUGGAAUUUCCCAUAAGACUUUUUUUCUGAGAAAAAAUUAUGUGAUUUUUCUUUCCUCAUUCACCUCUCCGGAGAAAAGGAAAGCCAAUUGUAGAAUUUUAGCUGAAUGCUCUCCACCAUUUUGUGUGUGUGUGUGUGUGUGUGUGUGUGUGUUGGCUGCCAUCUUCUUCUCCCCUCCCUCUUCCAGUGCCUGGAAAGCGGCUAGGCCCGAGGCAUUGUGGAGGAUGCAAAAUGGUGGCCAGGCUGCCAACUCAAUGGCUGUUGCUGCCACUGCAAAGUGAAGGAAAACCUUAGGCCAAAGAGCAGCAGCAGCAGCAACUGUAUUGUUGCCAUGGUCAGCCUCACCCCUGAGAAACUGUUGUAGAAUUUCUCGUCCCAGGGUGUGUGGCAUGUGUCCUGGGGGGCGUGGCGUGCGUCCCAGGGGUGCACAGCGAGCGGCGAGUGCCCUGGCAAGUGCCGCCAAUCAGGAGUCAGCAUCUUGUUGCCCCCCUUCGGAAUGGCACCCAGGGCAGCCCGCCUCCCCGCCCCCCCCCCCAGAGUGCCCCUGCCCCCUUGAAGAAAAUUGGUGAAACGGUUCCUCCCAAUUUCUCUUCCCAGAGCUGUCCCACCUAUGAGGCAGGGUGAACCACCUGCCUCAGGCAGCGGAAAAACGAGAGGCACCACAGAGAAGGAGAUGUUCCAGCAACAUAGCUUGCCACUUGUCUUGCUUGCCCCCAGGUGGAGAAACCAAUUAGCAAUGCUUUGAGGAGCGCCUUGGCUCCCACUAAGUUUGGUAAGAGCCAGGGCACGGUGGUGGAAGGGGGAGCAGUGGCUGAUGUUGUGGGGGCAGGAGGCAGCCAUUUUCGUUUCUUCUCAUUUGGUGAAACGGGAUGAAAUAUCUGGCUUACAAAUAGGAUGGAGAAUUUCAAGAAGCUGUUUACCUUAUCUUUCUCUGUUUCUCAUUCCACAAGCUGGAGUUGUACCCAGGGAAACAUGAUUAACAGUGUAGUUCUAUAAUGUGUGUUCAGUAGGGGUGCCAACUUGUCCCCCACAUUGAGGGGGCCUGGUGUCACAUGAUGUAUCCUACCCUCCCCGGGAGCGCUCGCCCGGCUGCAGGUGAUGGUAGCCCCCUCAAUAUGGGGGGGUCGGCCCCCUGCCCACAAAUAUUGAGGGGGCUGAAGCCCCUUCCAUCCCUAUAUUAGUUGGUGCCCCCGGUACUCAGAUGUAAGCACCAGUGACCUCUGUGGGACUUUACUCUAGGUAAAUAGGUACAGAAUAGUAAUUUCAGAGGAAAUUUAUUUUUGCUGUUUUUCAUCUUCUGAUUUCAAUUCGUUGCUUUUAUGUUUCUUUUCCUCGUGACUGAGCUUGAUGAUUUUUUGAUGAGUUGGUGGGCUUUUAAUAUAUCUCUGUCUGUCUAUCAUCUAUUAUCUAUCUAUCUAUUUAUCAUCUAUCUAUCUAUCUAUCAUCCAUCCAUCUGUCUAUCAUCUAUCUAUCUAUCUAUCUAUCUAUCUAUCAUCUAUCAAAUUAUCCUUAUUCUUGAAACAGUUUGCUUUCUGCUGACUUCUUAGACUUCCAAAAUUUCAGUGAACUUGGGUGUUUCCUCUCUCUGUGUGUGUUUGCACACAUGCAUGCAUGGUGUAAUUUUGCCGUAGUUGUAAAAUAAACAAGUAAAAAAAGAAAAUCAGGCGAAGAAACAAAUGUCACAGUAGUACCUCUGCUUUAACCUGACACCUUAUUUAUGUAAAGCCGCAAUCUCAUCUAUAUGUUCUUUAGUUUUAUGUAGCUCCAGUCCUUCCACUGAGAACGUGCUGAUUCUAAACUUCUCAGGAACUUCUCAUAGCAUUCAAAAAGAGUUGCACAAUGGCUAUGUGUGUAGUCUGCAAGGCAUCUAAGGUAAAGUGCAUUACGCCUCUGCGUAACUGAUUGGGAGAAAGCCCUCCAGACUGCAAUAAUCAGCAGAGAAUUAUUAAAACCAAACUAUUAUCCCUUUGUCAAAAAUUGUAAAUGGCAUUAUUUACACGGGCCUCAAUAUAAGUACAUUGUUUUGUGUUCUCUUUGCUAACUCCGUGACUGACUAAACCAUUAUUCUCUGAACGCUGCUCUGCUGAGAUCAUCCAUGACAAUGGUGUAAAAACAAACAUGUUUUAACACGAUAAAGUCACUAUAUAAUUUUAAUGUGGUGUUCCCUGCGCCAAAACCUACGUGUUAAUUUCAGCUCCAGUCAUAGUCGGGGAAAACAUCCACUUCUUCCUCCUGCCCCCCACCCCACCCCAAAUUGAAAAAAUAUAUCAUUUCUAGAAAGGGGGAGCAAUAAUUGUGCCUAGUAUUGCAGUGUGCUGAGCAUCAAAUAAUCCAAUGUGCUGCUAAGUAUUAUGUAUUCACACCCUUCAUCAGUGGGAACAGAGGAUUCAGAGCACUCCCCUUAAUCAUCUCCUUCCCUCAAAGCUUAGUAAGAUUUCCAGAGACUCUUGUAGCUUCAUUAAUUCAAACCCUUGACAUAUGCUUGGGAGUUAAGUUUUCUUUGUUUAAAGAAUCAGAUGUCAUCCUCCCAGCCGAUUGUUAAGAUAAGGCCCAUUUCAGCCUUGAGUUUCUGAAAGAGAAGUCUCCUUCCUCGACCAAUUUGAAAACUAGACUUGCUACUUUAAAUGAGAGAGAGAGAGAGAGAGAGAGAGAGAGAGAGAGAAUAAUGUUCCCCAAACCAUUUAGGCUGUAAUCCUAAAGGUACUUGCUAGGGAGUGGGUGGCGCUGUGGGUAAAAAACCUCAGCGCCUAGGACUUGCCAAUCGCAUGGUCGGCGGUUCGAAUCCCCGCGGCGGGGUGCGCUCCCAUCGUUCGGUCCCAGCGCCUGCCAACCUAGCAGUUCGAAAGCAUCCCCGGGUGCAAGUAGAUAAAUAGGGACUGCUUACCAGCGGGAAGGUAAACGGCGUUCCAUGUGCUGCGCUGGCUCGCCAGAUGCAGCUUGUCACGCUGGCCACGUGACCCGGAAGUGUCUGCGGACAGCGCUGGCCCCCAGCCUCUUAAGUGAGAUGGGCGCACAACCCUAGAGUCUGGCAAGACUGGCCCGAACGGGCAGGGGUACCUUUACCUUUACCUAAGCCCUGCUGAACACAGUGGGACCUACUUUUAAGUAAACAUGGAUUGGCUUGCACUCUUUUCAGCUCCAGAAGCACUUCACUUUCAAACGACUUUGUACUAUUUGGUGGGAAUUGAGCAGAUACUGUAUUUUUCUGUGUUUAAGACAACCCCAUGUAUAAGACAACCCCUAAUUUUUUAAACCCAAAAUUAAGAAAUUAAUUUUGUUUAGCUUUUUUGGGGGUUGGGGGAGGUCACUUCCGCCAAUCACUCACCCUCCUGCCCGCCACUGCUGAUUGCUUGCCACAGCCACUGCCGAUCGUACACCUCGCCACAGGUGUGCCAUCGGCACACCUGCCCGGUCGUUGCCACCAACAGCUCACCCGCCCACUUUCCGCAGCCGCCAAUCGCCUGCCCAAUUGCCGCAGCCAAUCGCCACCAGGCCUUGUUGCAGCUACCAAUCACCCGCCCAAUAGCCGCUGCCAAUCUCCUGCUUGCUGCUGCCAUUAAUCACACAUCCCCCCUCUGCAUUCACUAUUCAUGUAUAAGACAACACCCAAUUUUUGCCUAAUUUUAUUUAGCAAAAAGCAUCAUCUCAUACAUGGAAAAAUACAGUACUUUUCAGUGGAAGAAGCAGCUAUAUUCAAUAUAUAAGACCUGAAAUGAUCAAGCACUCAAAACAAGCAGGACUGGCAUCUAAGUAUUGCAGUGUGGAGUACUACAUUCUGUUGUGGCCACUCUGUUACAUUGUCCCUCUCUUCUCUCCUAUUCAGUCAACAUCUAGGAUCGCUCAGUCUUCACUGUGAUGUUUUUGACAUCCCCCUUUUCCCUUAACCUUUUUUUGUACUCCUGGGACUCCCCUAAGCCUACAGAUGCCCCUCUUGUGUGUCUGCGUGGUGUUGUUUUGGCUAUAAAAGCACCAGCAUCAGAAACAGAAGGAAAAAUGGAUUACAUUUCUCUUGUCCCAGGGACUUCUGGCAAUUCUCUCACUGUGAGACAUGAAGCUACAGGGAACCAGGCAGAGGGCCUUCUCGGUAGUGGUGGCCGCCCUGUGGAACACUCUCCAAUCAGAUGUCAAACAGAUAAACAACUAUUUGACUUUUAGAAGACUUCUGAAGGCAGCCCUGUUCAGGGAAGCUUUUAAUGGUUGAUGUUUUAUUGUGUUUUUAACGGUUUGUUGGGAGCCACCCAGUGAGAUGGGUGGCAUAUAAAUAAUAAAGUUGUUGUUGUUGUUGUUGUUGUUGUUGUUGUUGUUGUUGUACCUCAGCUUUCUGUUAAAAAGUGUCCAAGGAGAUGAAUUAUUUAAAUCCCUUCUAUUAGCACUUUAUGAUCGAGAUAUUAUUACAGUGGUACCUCGGGUUACAUACGCUUCAGGUUACACACGCUUCAGGUUACACACUCCACUAACCCAGAAAUAGUGCUUCAGGUUAAGAACUUUGCUUCAGGAUGAGAACAGAAAUCGUGCUCCGGUGGCGCAGUGGCAGCAAGAGGCCCCAUUAGCUAAAGUGGUGCUUCAGGUUAAGUACAGUUUCAGGUUAAGUACGGACCUCCGGAACGAAUUAAGUACUUAACCCGAGGUACCACUGUACUGUUUUCGUAUGACAUGGAAACACUUACUCGGGAAGUGUAACUUUCCCGCUUUGCAGGUAAGAGUAGUGUGAUGACUACGAUUUAAAAAGACAGGUGUAAUAUGGAUUCCUGUUUUUCCCUUUUCCGUCUUGCUACUAGCAGCUUCAAGACCGGGCUGUUUAAAUCGGGGGAUCAGCCAAAGAGAAAGAGUUAAAGAACCAAACCAUAAAUCCUUCUUCCUGUUCCACAAUCUAAAUUUCCCCUCAUCCUCACUGCUUUUAACUAAAGAGAAAAGAUAUUGGGACAUCCAUAACCAGAUCUCCAUUAUCAGAUCUGGUUUGUUCCAAAUCUUCCCUGAACUCAAUGACACUUGCUUCAAAAUAAGCAUGUUGAAGAUCACUCUGUAAGCCGGGAGCUUAGACCUUGGAGACAAGGCAGAGGACCUAUAGUCAGUAAAUCCACUUCGGCUUUGUGAGGAUGGAUUGAUGGAUUCUGAUGCAGAAAUUGAUAGGGAUGCCUGGAGCAGGUCUGAGCAGGUGUUUACCUAAAUGUGUUGCAGUAUAUAAGAGAAAUUAGAAUGCCAUUGGUUAAUUAUCAGCCUUGAGUUUAAUGGGGCAACUAUUUUUCUCAUUCCAUUCAGAUGUUCCAUGGCUUGGCUGUCCCCAGUGCCAGAUUUACGUAUAGGCUAAACAAGCUAUAGCUUAGGGCCCCACUCUCUUGGGGGGCCCCAAAAAAAUUAAAGGAAAAAAACACCUGGAUGUACAUUUCCAAAAUAUAAGAUAAAAAACAAAUAAAAUAAAACAACAGCAAUAGUGUUUUGUGUUGUGUAGGCUCCUAUGAUGUAAAUAAUGGCCCCUUCCUGCUAGCCUUUUGUUAUGUGCAAAUGGCUUUAGAUACCUAUUAGGUCCAUAAAUUACCAUUUAGCAUAUAUUCAACACAAAAAACAGCAACAAUUUGUUUUUGACAAAGGACAGCUGGACAUAUAAAGGGCCCUAUUACCUCUUGUAUCUUAGAGCCUCAUCCAACCUAAAUCCGACCCUGGCUGUGCCCCACCUUCCACUCUGCCUGCUUUCCAGUAGAACUUGGAGAGCGUCUAAAAUUAAUUGUGGAAUUGUGGAAUGCACAGUUUAUCAUAGUUUGAAGUUUGCACAGCCCCCUGCUCCUCCCCGCCACCUUUGUAGGCUAUUGGUGUGCAUGAGUGCAUAUGCAGUGAUUUAAAAACCACGCAGAAAAGUCUUGCACUAUGAUUUAAUCAGGGCUCCUGUGAGAAUAGCUAUGGGCAUGGCAUGGGUUAAAUGAAUCACAGGGCAGAAACCAAAUGGAAUAAUGGAAAAUUGUGGCAAGCUGUACAUAGUGCAUUAAUUUGAACAAAGUUUGGAAAUAAAAAAGAAGAAGGAAGCCUGGCAGAUUUCUAAUGAUCAGAUUUCUGAUCAUCAGAUUUGCUGAUGAUUUGCAAUAUGGUAAGUUGGUACUGCAGUAUGGAGAGACAUACUGAGGGUGAUAAUUUGUAAAGCACGAAUAAAAUUUAUUUGUCUGAACAGAAAAUUGGCUCAAAAUGUAUCAUUUUUUUGAAAGCCCUCUGCAUCCUAUUUGGUACUGGUGUGUGCAAAGGGACUAAAUUUGGGCUGUGUGUGAUUUCUGGCUGGAAAACCUGCAUUUCUGGUUGAUUCACUGUUUCUACAAGUUAACUGAGUUUGCAGCGUGAACACUCCACAGCUUUCAUAGCAGGAGCUGUGCAAUUUUAAUCCCUCGACAUUAUACUGCUCAGGCGAGUAGACUACUCAUAUGAGCCGAUAUUUGCACUUACUGUAAUAUAUAAGUUGGGAAACCCUCUCUCCAUAUGAUACCAGGUUUUCAGAUCCCUAUGAUGAGGAUUCCUCAAGUAUUCCUGUUUAUCUACUUGACCCAGGCAGUUCAAAGAGUCUCACAUAGUUAAAACAGUGUGAACAUUUGCAAAGAGACAACAAAACACUGCAAUUUCCGCACAAUGCAUGUGGAAAAGCUUGAUCCGGGCCUCUCUGUUGAUAUGCUGGUCUGGAGCCAGCAUAUCAAAAAUCAAGGAAAAUAUUGCCCCUAUCCUUUGCCAGGGCUUCAGAUGUAGCAGUGGCUCUGCUGCUGUAUAUGGAAGUUUUUAAUGUUUGAUGUUUUAUCACUAUUAUUAUUAUUAUUAUUAUUAUUAUUAUUAUCAUUCUGUUGGGAGCCACCCAGAUUGGCUGGGGAAACCCAACCAGAUGGGUGGGGUAUAAAUAAGAAAUUAUUAUUCUAAAUUAUUCUAAAUUAUUCAGCCCCUUUGCUCUACAGCUGGGAAUUGGGAUUGCUCCCUUAGAUUGGAAACGAAGACCUGUGGCUCUCUAGAUGUCACUGGACUACAAUUCCCAUCACCCCAACUUUUGGUCAUGUUAAGUGGGGCUGAUGGGAGCUGGAGUCCAGUAAUAUAUUGUGGACCACAGGUCCUUCACUCCUGGCUUAAGGCUCGUCCAUGCUUCUGUUUGUCCCAUGCUCACAUCGGUCCAAGAGGUUUUCUGCUUGUCAUGUGUUUUCUAUGCUCUAAGGUCUAAGUGGAUUUUAAUUUGUCCCACUAUUUACUGCUGAAUCAGAACACAUGUCACUUUGCUGCGAUGUACUCUAGCAUAUCUUAUGGUAGAAAAUGUUUGUGCUGCUUUCAAUUUGUAUCAAUGUACUUUAUAUUUUAAAAUGCGUAGUUUCGUGAUGAGAUCUUCAUUUACCGUAUUUUUCGCUCUAUAAGACGCACCAGACCACAAGACGCACCUAGUUUUUGGAGGAGGAAAACAAGAAAAAAAUAUAUUCUGAAUCUUAGAAGCCAGAACAGCAAGAGGGAUUGCUGCGCAGUGAAAGCAGCAAUCCCUCUUGCUGUUCUGGCUUCUGGGAUAGCUGUGCAGCCUGCAUUUGCUCUAUAAGACGCACACACAUUUCCCCUUACUUUUUAGGAGGGAAAAAGUGAGACUUAUAGAGCAAAAAAUACGGUAUUUAUUUUAAAAUGUCUACAAUAGCUUAUAGCAUUGCCCCCCAUCUUCUUUGACAUUUCCAAUGAUACAUUUCAAUCAUUUAUAUUAGAUAUAUUUCCUAAUUGCAACGUUCUCUAUAGAUAAACAGUACUUUUUCUAAUGUUGCUUUGAACACCUUUACUUAAUAUCUCCAGUGGUUACUGUGCAGAAUAACCUUUGACAAAAUCUGCUACUUACUAGUAUUUAUGGCUUUCCACAAGGUGAAGAGGUUAGUUUCGACAAAGGGCAGGCAUUAGUGCCUUUUUUCGAAAGCGUUUAGUGACUUCUAGCUCACAAACAUGCCCGGUGUUCAUAAAACAUGUAGACAUAUGCUGUAAAAUCUCUCUCUCUGACUGCUUUUACUGUAGACUAGGGCUGCGUACAAAAAAAAAAAAAGGUCAACAACUUUUGGUUUUUCCUAAAAAAAAAAAAAAACAGCAAGCACCCUUCGGUUUUUGCUCUUUGAAAUAUGACAACCCUACUGUAGACAAUCAAACCGUUUGUUUUUAGAUGUUACAUAUACUAUUCCUGGUCCUUCCCAGCCUUCCUUUGGAUACAGGAAAUGAUAUUAGAAUUUGAUUAUUUAGAUGAGUGGCCUGACGCAGCAAAGCUGUGCACGCAGGCUGGAUGAGUUCUUGGUACACGGUGGAGUUCUGCGUGCAUGAUUGUCAUCAUUGACUGCUAACAUAAGUUUUUGGUUCUGAAAUUCACUUGCUCGAUUAGGACCACAUAGGAAGGAAGUUGGUGCUCUGUUCACUGUAGGUUGUUUCUGUAGGGGACUACUUUCAGUGCUGCUUCAUUUUGCACAAGAUCUUUGGAUCAAGCCCAUAACUCUAUGAUGGCUUCCAUGAUAUUGUGGAUUUUGGCUUCAGCUAUGCACACCUGUUCAAUUCCUGCUAAUUUGCUUGGUUGCAAAACAAAUCCUUGCCCCAGUCCAGAGCUCCAUAAUAUAUCACGCAGGCGGUUGGCUACUGUAGAUCUGUUUACUGAAUGAGCCAAGCUAUAUCUGAAGACUUUGUAGGGGUUCAGAACUAUAAAAGCUAGUGUUGUUGUUUGUUGUAUACCACUUUCAGCAGAAUUGCAUAUUGCUCUACCAAGUGAUACAUGAUAAGGACACAGCCCUUUCCCAGCAACUUCCUAAGACACAAAUUGCAUAAGAAUUUACAUGUAGGAGUGUUUUGGCAUAUUUUCCUAUACCAAUUAUUUUAUGGUACUUGUGUCUUGCAGCUUGAGGCAUUUCAUGUUAAUAAAUUACCUGAAAGAGACAUCUGUUUUAUUGGUUAAAGCAGAUAACUGGCUCCCAGAAUGCCUGCAUUGGGGCCCGUCAGUCUGUACUUUUUGCCCCAUGCUUAUAAGUGUACAGGUCUGUGCUUUAAAGCUCUAUGUCUGAGCGUUCCCUCUGUCACUUUCCCUAGGAAAGGUAAAGGUAAUGGGACCCCUGACCAUUAGGUCCAGUCGUGGCCGACUCUGGGGUUGCGGCGCUCAUCUCGCUAUAUUGGCCGAGGGAGCCGGCAUACAGCUUCCGGGUUAUGUUGCCAGCAUGACUAAGCCGCUUCUGGCGAACCAGAGCAGCGCAUGGAAACGCCGUUUACCUUCCUGCCAGAGCAGUACCUAUUUAUCUACUUGCACUUUGAUGUGCUUUCGAACUGCUAGGUGGGCAAGAGCUAGGACUGAACAACGGGAGCUCACCCCGUCGCAGGGAUUCAAACCGCCGACCUUCUGAUCGGCAAGUCCUAGGCUCUGUGGUUUAACCCACAGCGCCACCCGCGUCCCUUUCCCUAGGAAAGCCCACUCUUUAAUGCUGAAUCGGAACAAAUGGCAAUUUGGGUUUUCCAUGGAUUGAAUCAGCGGUAAAGAGUGGGUUGUCACGAGGAAAGCACCGGGGCAAAAAAAACAAACCCUAGUGUUUGGACAUGGAGCUUUAAAAGACAGACCUGUGCCUAAAAACAUGCCACAAAGGGAAAUCUGGAUAGGUGUGGUUAUCAUUGCCCCUCAUGCUUGCAAGUUUUUUGCAGUGCCCAUGUGAUGUUGUUGGCAUUAAAAUGCCAACUUGCGUUUCCCUCCCUCCCCAUCUUAAUUCAGAUUUUCCUUUUCUGGGGGAAAAUAAAUUCAAUUCCGUUGUCAACUACCCAUUGACAGUGACUCAUCUGCCCCCAUCUGGGAGCAUCCUCGCUUUCUUUGCCUCUCUCCUCCCAAACAGCCUUUUCCAUGACAUUUGGCAAAUGCCCCAUUUCCCAAAUCUUACUGUAACCAAGCCUUCAAGGUGCAGCUGAAAUGAGAGCAUGUUUUCUAUCUACCCCACCUCCAUUUCCUUCUCCUCUUUGUUCUGUCAACCCUGUGCAAAACUUUAGCUUGUAAGGCCCUUAGGAUAAGGACUCACCUCCUAUUUAUUUGUCAGAGCCUUAUGCACAUUGAUGAUGCAUUAAUAAACAACAACAACGGCCAACAGCUCUGUAAAUCAUGUGCACAAAAGUUGUGGUUGUUUUUUAAAUGCAUCGGAUUUAUUAUUUUGGUCCUUUUCAUCCUUAAGAUGGCACUCAGGAUCAAAGAAAGGCUUUAGGACAAUUAUAGGUUAUGCAUCCUUCAUUCCCAAUCCAGCACUGAGCCAGGGGUUGAAGUAGAUGAGAUCCAAACUUCAAACUCCUUUCCAACUGUAAAAUUCCUAUUACAAUGGUACCUCGGGUUAAGUACUUAAUUCGUUCCGGAGGUCUGUUCUUAACCUGAAACUGUUCUUAACCUGAAGCACCACUUUAGCUAAUGGGGCCUCCUGCUGCUGCUGCGCCGCCGAAGCACGAUUUCUGUUCUCAUCCUGAAGCAAAGUUCUUAACCUGAAGCACUAUUUCUGGGUUAGAAAUAACCUGAAGCGUGUGUAACCUGAGGUACCACUGUAUUUUAUCAUCAUGGAGGAGGGAUGAGAGGAGGAGGCAGAGUGGCUCAUAUCACCAGUGGCUGUUGAUUGACAGCAGCUGCCCGUAAAAAAAAAAAAAAGUUGCACCUUUAUUCUGCCACCUCUUUAAGCUGGAGGCUGAGCUUAGAGAACGGAAGCUUUUGUUGAGAGUCCAGGUUGCUGUGCGUUAGAAAGGGGAAUAGUUGAGUGAGAAAGUGGGAAUUUUUCUUUUACCAAAUGUUUUUGAAGGCCGUAUCCAGAUGCUGAAAUAUGCUACACGGUGAUUAUGAGACACAGCAACAAGCAUCGUUUUGAUGCUGUUGCACAAAACACCAUAUGACGGAAUGUGCAUUGUUUUCUUUUUGCUGGGAAUGCCUUCAUAUGGAAAAUGCAAGUCUGAAAGUGUGAAAUAUCAUCAACAAGUAAGUUGGUUCUGUAAAAGAUACCAUCUCACUUGUGUUAUCGCUGGUAAUGAAGGUUUGCACACAUGUCAUAAUUGGCCUCAGACUAGACGGAAAACUCCUUCAUUGUGGCUAAACUAUGGUUUAAAAACAAAUGCCUACUUAUAUCAUGUCUCAUGGCACUCAGCCAUGCAUCAAACCUUUAAUCUGCCAUCUGGGGGGGGGGGGCAGAAUCACAUGUGAUCCUCGAAACCUUUUAUUAUAGGAGGAAGGUUUUGAAGCUCUAAAUACAGUGAGCGCAAAGAACAGGGCCAUCAUCACAAAGGUCAAGGGAAUGUAAAUAAAAUGCAGCGGUUAAUUUUGUUGGUGAAUAGAGGGAGUCUGUGUUGUGCCUAAAGAUAGCAAGCUUUUGAAUUUCACAGAGCUACUCUGCAGGCAGGAUUAAAGCCAGAAUAAGAAUCCUCUGCAUGUUUAUUGAGAAGCAAGACCUGCAAUGGAGUGUGCUACUAGGUGACUUGCCUAGCCAUUUUAAAGUACAGAGCCAGUGUGGUGUAGUGGUUAAGAGCAGUAGACUCGGAAUCUGGGGAACCGGGUUCGCGUCUCCGCUCCUCCACAUGCAGCUGCUGGGUGACUUUGGGCCAGUCACACUUCUCUGAAGUCUCUCAGCCUCACUCACCUCACAGAGUGUUUGUUGUGGGGGAGGAAGGGAAAGGAGAAUGUUAGCCGCUUUGAGACUCCUUCUGGUAGUGAUAAAGCGGGAUAUCAAAUCCGAACUCCUCUUCUUCUUCUACAGAGAAUUAAAUAGUGUUUUUGGAAGAAGCUGAAUUUGUUCCAAAGAAGUGAAAAGCACAUUUGUUUUGACAUGUGGUUGUCUAGGUGACAUUGUUGGUUCGGACAGAGAUAGACCCUAAAAACAUUACACUAUAAAGUCCCCUGUACAUGGUAAAUUCACAGAAUGAAACUCAAAACAGUUUCGGUGAUGCAAAUUUUAGGAUAGCCUCUUAGGUGGUCAUUUAUACGCAAGAGACAAAUUUAUCAUCGUAAAAUUGCUUUUGUUUUGCAGAGUCAAAAAGAGCAAUCGUAUAAAGCUUAAAAACAAUAACAUCUUACAUCAUCUGAAAAUGUUAAUUUAGAAACUGUUAGAUAGUAAAAGGUAAAGGUAAAGGACCCCUGACAGUUAAGUCCAGUCGCAGACAACUCUGGGGUUGCGGCGCUCAUCUCGCUUUACAGGCCGAGGGAGCCAGCGUUUGUCCACAGAUAGUUUUUUCGGGUCAUGUGGCCAGCAUGACUAAGCUGCUUCUGGUGAAAUGGAACACCAAAACCAGAGCAGCACACAGAAACGCUGUUUACCAUCCCACCGCAAUGGUACCUAUUUAUCUACUUGCACUUUUUGGCGUGCUUUCAAACUGCUAGGUUGGCAGGAGCUGGGACCCAGCAAUGGAGCUCACCCCAUUGCAGGGAUUUGCACUGCCAACCUUCUGAUCGGCAAGCCCAAGAGUCUCAGUGGUUUAGACCACGGCACCACCCACAUCCCGUUAGAUAGUAGUUGCUAUACAAAAGUUAGUCUUGGUAUUGGUUAGUCUUGAUAUUGGUAGUCUUUUCUUCCAGCUAAAGUCUCUGUAACUUUAGUAUUUCCAAAGCCUUGAAAGAAAGCAGCUAUGUGAAAAGUCAAGCAAUUAUAAUUAAAUAUGGGUUUUUAUACAUGCAGUCCUGGUGUUAGCACUCAUGAAAAUUAGGCAGCCACAGUCACCCCAGCACCAUGGUAAGGACCACCAAGACUGAUGCCUGGUCUGUACUUGAGCCCACAGAUCUGUCCAUGCUCAAAUCUGGACUUAACUUAUACAGUGGUACCUUGGUUCUCAAACUUAAUCUGUUCUGGAAGUCCGUUCCAAAACCAAAGCGUUCCAAAACCAAGGUGUGCUUUCCCAUAGAAAGUAAUGCAAAAUGGAUUAAUCCGUACCAGAAUUUUAAAAACUACCCCUAAAACAGCAAUCUAACAUGAAUUUUACUAUCUAACGAGACCAUUGAUCCAUAAAAUGAAAGCAAUAAACAAUGUACUGCAGCCACACAAUCAAUUAAUCAAUCAGUAUCUGAACUGGGUUCCCCACAGUCACAUAAAGAAACAAAAAAGCCACAAAAACACAAAAUAAAUAUAAAAAAACAAACAGACCUCAGCAUCACACUCAAAACGGAAGUAUGGCACUCAAAUCAGAAGUGUAGCACUCAAUACGGAGCACGUUCGGCUUCCAAAGAAAGUUUGCAAACCAGAACACUUACUUCUGGGUUUGCAGUGCCUGAGUUCCAAGUUGUUUGAAUACCAAGGCAUUUGAGAAUCAAGGUACCACUGUACUGGACAGUUGUGAAGGGCCACCCACCUUUUGGAAUUUCCACAAUGCCCCCAAAAUAAUCCUCGCGAAGUUGUUUCCUGUUGUCACUGCUGCCGUUAAGCUUGCUAAGGUACCCUGCUGGUGUGGCGGGGGGCACUGGAGGGUAUUUUGUUAGCAGUUCCCUCACAUCUGUCUGCAUACUACCACCUAAGCUUCUGUCCAAAGGGUCAGAACUUCCAUCAUACAUACCUUCCUUUAAACUCUGCCUGUGCAUAGAAGAAGAAGAAAAAGUAAUCUUUGUCAGCAGUUCUCAGACCAACAUGUUAAAGCAGGAGUGUGUGUGUCGGGGCUAUCUUGCACCGUUUUUAUCUAAGUUUCUCCUCACUUCUAGAAAAAAGAAAGCCACGGUUUGUAUUUCACCUUUCCGUCUGCAUUCUCUUUAGAGAACCAAAAUUGGGUUCUCUCCAAUGCUACAGUUUUAUUCCCACAACAGACUUCCACAUGUGCAACAGAAGUUCUCCGGCUGCCUGCAGCCUCCCAUGCCCUCAAAAUCUUCUCCAGAAGGUUGAGGAACCCUCUGGAGCAGAUUUGGGGGGCACUUGGGGCAAGGAGAGGAAGGGAAAGCCCUGUUAUUUGACCAAAAAACUGCUUGUGCUGUGUUUGAUACAAUCCGUUGUUUAUUUCUGAAUUAGAUUUUUCUUCUUCAUUAGAUUUGUGUACAUUGAGCAACUCUAAAAACUCUUAUAUUAAUGAGUCAAAUUCCAGUGCUAACAUAAUUAAUACUCUUAUGAGUUAAUUUCCCUUCUCCCUAUUAUAGACUCUGUCACAUUGGCUAAUGCAGCCACAGCAAACUGUGUCUGAAAUAUAACUUCCUAAUCUGUUGGCUGCCAUUCACAAAUGUCUGUUCCCUUUUUAUACCCGAGCAGUGCAGAAUUAAUUACUGUAUUUUUCCUGUAUAAGACUAGGUUUCCCCCCUAAAAAAUAAUGUCAAAAAUUAGGGGGGCAUCUUAUACUCUGGGCCAUCUCCUCCCAUUUUCUUAAAUCUGAGUCCCCCAAAAUACAUGGGAGCGUCUUAUAGAUGGAAAAAUACGGUAUGUGCAUUCUUCAGAUUUUAUAAGCCCCCAAAUCCUCACUUGUCAUCUUUGUGGGUACAGUCUUCUCAAGACUGAUUGCAAUUUAAAAGUGUCCCUUUCUUUGCAUUUUUGACAUCUUUCUAAAGCAUGUAUCUGAUCUUCUGCUCCACUUUCACACAAACUGGAUUGUCUUUCUGUUUACACCAACGAGUUUGUUUGAAAGGUCGGGGAAACCUAGCAGAGCUCAACUUCCCAGGGAACACUUUUAUCAGCUCUUUCUUCUUCUCAUAGCAUAAUUGCUUUGGGAUUUGAAGAGUUGGAGUCUUUGCCUGUAAAGUAUCAUCAACUUGACAAUAUUUAGCAGGGAACUGGAACCAAACUUCAAAAAGUCCUUAAAUUGGGGGUGUGGGGGGUGUGCGGGCAGAGACGUUUCUUUAGUCAGCACAAACGAACUUCAUUCAGAUUCCAAAAGGGAUUUUUUGUGUGUGGCAUUAACCGUGUCAUUGUAUUUAAAGUCACGAUAUUUCUGUGCACACAUUUGCCAUUAGAGGCUGCUGUCACCCUGUGCUUCUCUUAAGUCCCUGGGCCUGCAUAGCAGUGAAAUCUAUCUCUCAGAGGGAAAAGUCGGAAUGAACCAGACUCUUUUGCUUAUCUCCUUUAGAGCUUUGACAUCUGAGUUGAAGAAAUGACCCCUGCAGCUUUCUGUAACCAAAACCUUUUAAAAUAGAUCACUCUACUGCCCCUCACCCAGGCAAAAGAGGAUUUGAGUUUAAAUGCCCAUUCAAAAACGUAAUCCAUUUUUGAAAACUCUUUUUGAAUAGUCAGACUACUUCGUUGUUGUUUUUUUUAAAUACUCCUAUCAGAACUAGUCAAACACAUCGAGGCAUUCCCCCCCCCCCCCCGUUUAAAUUCAGGAAAUGUUGCCAGUUUCUUCAAUUAUGUUUUGCAUGGUGGUAGAAUUGUUGGGAGAAACAGUAUGGAGUCAGACCUUUAGAUAACAACCAACAAAGCCUUACGCAUUUUGUAUCCUGAUAAUGUUAGAUACUGCCUCGUCUAUCCUGAUCUUUGAAACCCACCAAGAAGAACUUACUAAUAUUUUCAUGCCCUCAUCUAUCACACUCAGUUGACAGGAUCAUGAAGCAAGGUGUUCUUACCCCUUCACACUUACACCCCUCCACACAAUUUAGCAUGUGGGCAUAUUAUUGAGUCGAGAAUGCUUAGUGUGAUCUAGGUUACAUGAGUUGGAAGCUGUGGGGUGGGUACAAAGGAAAUGUACAGUCCCAAAGAUGCCCUAUUGCUUUUUCCGAGAGUAAAAAGGUACCUUCUUUCAGUUCAAUCCGGCACUUUCCUCCAGUUCUGCGUAACAUAAUGUUUUGUUAGAUUGUCAUAAUAAUCUAUGGGCAAAGCCAUUGUGUUUCAUUGAUUGUACAGCAUAAAAGAAAACAAAUAUCCAAAGCUCUUAGGAUUAGACAAAACCAUGAAGGUUAAAGGUAUGAAUGGCUAAUGGUAAUAAUGGCAAUAUACCACAUACGGGACCACUGAAUACCAGUCAUUGGGGAACCAGAGAGGGUGACUGAGAUCAUGUGGGCCUCUUGUAGGCACCAAGUUGAUCACUGUGGACCACAGAUCCUGGAUUAGAUUGGUGUUUGGUUUGACCCUGCAAAAGUCUUCUUAUGUUCUUACUAUCAAUGAAUAUUAGUUCUUACAAUCUUACAAGGUUCUUAUAAUCAGUGCUUCUUUUGUGGGGCGAUGCAGAGAUAUGCAUACCCCUAAACAUUUUCUGAAUCUCUACUUUUAUCUAUUUACUGUAUUUAUUUCCCCGAUUUGAACUAUAAAAUGGUGAUUUUCUUGAGUCAAAAUAAGAGUACCCCUAAACAUUUUUUUUUUAGAAAAAAGCACUGCUUAUAAUUAAUAUCAAGUUAUUACAAUUAAAUGCUCUUAGUAGUACUACUACUAGUACUACUACUAGUAGUAGUAGUAAUAUUCUGUCACUAAACACUAUACUAAUCACAGAAUAAUAAUAAUAAUAAUAAUAAUAAUAAUAAUAGGAAUACAAUGUAAGCACCAAUUACUAUUUUCCAGGGUACUGAUUUCAUGUGAACUGGCCUGAGAUCUAUAGAUGAAGGGCAGUAUACAAAUUUAAUAAACAACAACAAUAAUAAUAAUAAAUUUUACAAGGUCCAGGAUCCUCACAACGCUGUUGGCAGGUGUUAAAUGUGCAAGUCAAUCUUAAAACUUGAAAGUAAAUUCCAUUAUUUCACUGGCAUUUACUUCCAAAAAAGUAAACGUUGUGCAUCAUACCAUUUCCUCUGAAAUUCUAAGCAUACUUACAAUAAAGUAAGCCCCGUAGAAUUAAGUGGACCUUACUUCCAAGUAAACAAGUCCGGGGCUCACGCUGUUAGGCUUGUAAAUAAUUCAUACUUAUCUUUGAAAGCUGUUCCACAAAUUUUGCUGACUAUCGCUGCAGAGUCUUAAAUUGAUGGCAUUGAUUCAUUUAAGUAUAGCUUUUGUGCUCUUUGAAAGCUUAGCAGAUGUUUAAAUUGUUUACAGCAAGUAAAAAAAAAAAUAGUCAGCAUUUUACCAAUUAAUUGCAUCGUAACACAUUCUGUAGGUGAUGUUUUGAUUUGGAGCAAUUUGUUAAAUGGUACUUGAGGGUUGCUAUUUGUUCCCGUCUGUUAGUUGCUUUGCUAAUAUAAUUAUUUCAUGCGUAGACAGUUGAUGCCAUGUUGAUUCCAGAGAAUAAAUGAAAUAGUGUGUGAUAUCCAGCUAUAAGGCUAUGUAUACACCAUACCUUUAAAGCACGCUCAAAACACAUUUUCUCCCUCAAAGAAUUCUGUAGUUUUCCCCUCACAGUGUUACAAUUCUCGGAACUCCUUAACAUACUACAGUGCCCAGAAUUCUUUGAGGGAGAAAAUGUGCUUCAAAUGUCUGUAAUCAGUGUGUACUCAACCUCAGUCAUACUCAGAACAGACUCCCUGAAAUUAACUGACUCAAGUUACUGAAGCCUACUUUGAGUAUGACUUAAUUAGAGUUGCCGCAUUUUCUUGGCAAAGUUGUUGAGCUUUUUUGAACUGCCGGUAAAUUUCAGCGAUUUCUGCCCGGACGCUGUUUACAAAGACUGAAUACCAGCUAUGUUUAGGAAAAUCCAGGCAACCCUAACUUAGUUGGAUAUUACCCAGUAAUGUUGCUUUUCAUUUUUUUAUCUAAAGAAGAAAAUAUUGUCUAAGUUGCAGAAUUUUUUUUUAUGCCUGCUGAAGAGAUUACGAUUAUAUUAUUCUUCACCCCAGUUCUAGCAAUGUUUAAAAGGUAAAGGUAAAGGGACCCCUGACCAUUAGGUCCAGUCGUGGCCGACUUUGGGGUUGCGGCUCUCAUCUCGCUUUAUUGGCCGAGGGAGCCGGUGUACAGCUUCUGGGUCAUGUGGCCAGCAUGACUAAGCUGCUUCUGGCGAACCAAAGCAGCGCACGGAAAUGCUGUUUACCUUCCCACCGGAGCGGUACCUAUUUAUCUACUUGCACUUUGACGUGCUUUCGAACUGCUAGGUGGGCAGGAGCAGGGACCGAGCAACGGGAGCUCCCCCCGUCACGGGGAUUCGAACCGCUUACCUUCUGAUUAGCAAGUCCUAGGCUCUGUGGUUUAACCCACAGCGCCACCCGCGUCUAGCAAUGUUUACUCGGAAGCAAAUCAUACAUGCACACACACAUGAAUGCACACACCGCUACACACGUAUUGGAGUGGGGAGGUUUUGGCUGAAUAAGGCUAGGCAAUAAGGUAGCACAGUAUUGAGUGGUACUUUGCAUAUGCUGAAAAUAGAAUUGGUUUGGUUCUGUCUCCUGUUUUUCAAUGCCCUCUAACACUCAAAGAUAUAGGAAAGAAUGUAGGGGCCUCUGAGCAUGUGCAAAGGGAAUUUCCUUCACUACUAAGGACAUGCAGUGCAUGUCACCAUAUAUUAAAGGUUAGGCAAUGUUUUCAGGGUCAUGAGUGUGACUGUCAGAGCGGUGUCAUAUUUUAAAUCUAUUUAAGCACUUGCUCCAAGCAAGGGGAAAUCCAGUCACCAGGUAUUCUCCAGGGAUCUAGGAAAACAAAUCAUGGCAAUUAAACCACGAUCUCUUUUGUAGCAGGGUAACCCAAAAACUCAGCGAUGGACAAGAGCUGCCUAAAGCACAAAGGCAUACCUUCCAACUGUUAUAUUAUCUCAUUUUACUGUGUUUUUCUGGUAAGUUGUGUUGAAUAUAGUGGAAGGAGUUCAAAGCCAGGAAAUCUGGAAUACUUCCACAGCUGAUUUGUCCAUGACCCCAUGGUAUAGCUUGAAUUACCAUCACUGAGAGCCAUGUCGGAGUGAGAUCAUUCACAAAUUGUGUACAGGUGCUUCCCCGUCUUGAAUCAAGUUCAGCAUUCCUAAGGAUGUCUUCGUUUGAAAUUCUAGGUAUUUUGCGCUGGGAUGUGUGCGUUACAAGAAAUGACAUAUUUUGAAGUUAGCUUUCCAAAUCAUAACUGCCAGGCAUGUGAUCUGUUUUAAUUCCGUUAUUAUUUCUUGCUGUCUAAAUGCUAAUUUCCAUUUUUCAGAUGUGAAUGGUAUAGUAAUCACCAAUGCUAUUUUUCUGGGGAUUCUCAAGGGUAUGCAAUAACGAUACUACUUCUCUUUUUUUAAAAUGUUAAAAGUAUGGCAGUUACGGUAACAACUUCAUGGUAAGUACCGGCCCUUUCUUUUUCUUUUUCUUUUUCUUUUUGCUUUUAAAAAAGCACUGGUAAUCGCAUUGGAGGAAGAAUUGUAGAAGCGAUGCCAUGCCUUGCCCCCAAGACUGAGGGGGCCAGGGGCCACGUGGCAUGCUGACGUUACUCUCUCACACCACAGGGCAGGCUGAUGUGUCAUGUACACACUCUGUGACUUGCAUGCCUGAUGCAAGCACACCCUGCAGCGUGCAUGCAUGACAGCUGUGGAAUUUUGAGGGAUCCUGCCCCCCUCCUUGAAAAUAUUUUGGGGAGGCCAUUAUUAUUAUUAUUAUUAUUAUUUUAUGCCCUGCCCAUCUGGCUGCGUUUCCUCAGCCACUCUGGGCUCUCAGCAGAAUAUUAAAAGCACAAUAAAACAUCAAACAUUAAAAACGUCCCUAAACAGGGUUGCCUUCAGAUGUCUUCUAAAAGUCAGAUACAGUGGUACCUUGGGUUACAGACGCUUCAGGUUACAGACACUUCAGGUUACAGAAUCCACUAACCCAGAAAUAGUACCUCGGGUUAAGAACUUUGCUUCAGGGUGAGAACAGAAAUCUUGCGAGGUAUGAAGUUUACGGCAUGUAAUGCCCUAAGAGAGAAUAUUAUGAAAAUGAUAUACAGGUGGUACAUGACCCCAGUCAAGCUUGCAAAAAUCUAUCAUUUGCCCGAUAAUAAAUGCUGGAAAUGUAAAGAAACUGAAGGUACAUUCUUUCACCUUUGGUGGACGUGCCCAAGGAUUAAGGCUUUCUGGGAAAUGAUAUAUAAUGAACUGAAAAGGUAUUUAAAUAUACCUUCUUGAAGAAACCAGAGGCCUUUCUUCUGGGCAUUGUCGGCCAAUUGGUGCCAAAGAAGGACAGAACUUUUUUUAUGUAUGCUACAACAGCAGGAAGAAUACUCAUUGCAAAGUAUUGGAAGACACAAGAUCUACCCACUUUGGAAGAAUGGCAGAUGAAGGUGAUGGACUUUAUGGAAUUGGCAGAAAUGACUGGCAGAAUCCGAGACCAGGGAGAAGAGUCGGUGGAAGAAGAUUGGAAGAAAUUUAAAGACUAUUUACAGAAAUAUUGUAAAAUUAAUGAAUGAUAGAAUGAUGUUGGAUAGUAAUUAAGCGGUUUCUAGCUGUAAUGCUCUAAGAGAAUAUGAAAAAAGGGUUAUAAAUGGGUUAAAAUCUAAUGGUGAGGAUUUGCUGAACCAAUAAAAUUGAAGUGGAAUACAAAAAAGGGAGGUACGAGGAGGUCCGGGAAACAAGUUAAAGGAAAAUAAGUAAUAGAAAAUAUGUGUGUUUUUAACUGUUUUUAUUUUGUAUUUUUCUCUUUUCUUUUUCAUUUUUACUGUAAUAUUUCAAAAAACCUUAAUAAAUAUCUUAUAAAAAAAAAAAAGAGAACAGAAAUCUUGCGGUGGCAGCGGGAGGCCCCAUUAGCUAAAGUGGUACCUCAGGUUAAGAACAGUUUCAGGUUAAGAAUGGACUUCCAGAACGAAUUAAGUUCUUAACCUGAGCUCCCACUGUAGUUGUUUAUUUCCUUGACAUCUGAUGGGAGGGCUGGCACCACUACUGAGAAUGCCCUCUGCCUGGUUCCCUGUAACCUCACUUCUCACAGUGAAGGAUCCGCCAGAAGGCACUCGGAGGUGGACCUCAUUGUCCGGGCUGAACGAUGGGGGUGGAGACGCUCCUUCAGGUAUACUGGGCGGAGGCCAUUUAGGGCUUUAAAGGUCAGCACCAACACUUUGAAUUGUGCUCAGAAACGUACUGGGAGCCAAUGUAGGUCUUUCAGGCUUGUCCCCCUCCGAUGGUGCCUAGGAGUGAUGCUAAUACUGUUAGAAUAAUUAUGUUGAAAAGGGAAAGCAGAACAUACGAGGAAGAGGGGGUGCACUAAUGCCAAUAACCUACUAGCUGUACUUGAUGACGUUUAUUAUGUAAAAGGAAAGUAUUUCAGAGACUUUUGGCUGAGUCACACAUGCAGGGACAUCACUUAAUUACUUGAGGUUUGACAGCUGAAUGUGUGAACUGAAUCUGCUGAGGGGCAUUGAAUUGGAAGUGACGUUAUAUCAUAUGUAACUCCUGUUAGUGAUGGCUCAGAUGCACAUGGAAGCCAUUUUUCGCCAUUACAGUCAAGGGAUGAAUAGCCUAUGUAGAUCUGUGCCCUUUUUGUGCGCGCGCUAUAUGUUUCCUUCUUUGGUGAUUGAGAUGUGCUCAAAGUCAGAUGCUUGCUCAGCCAUGAAUUUACGGAGCAAGUUCUCUCACUGUCUCUGGUGCCUUCAGGGGGUUAGGAUGGUUUGCGCAAGCAUCUCUCCACUGAAAAUGUGCUGCUGGGGGAGAGCUGUGUCCAGGCAUGUGGGAAACUAGUGGCUCUUUUGCUGGCAGUAGCAGGUGAAAAGUUCUGAAACGGGGAAGGGAUUUCAGAGCAGGACUCCUGUACCUGCUGAAUCUAAAGCAGUUCAGAUUCUUUGAGCCUCUCAGUUGUGCCAACUGGGAGCAGGAACUGCAAAGGUGAGAAAUAAAGUUUCCCCACAUUCCUCCCUGGCCAGUAACUGUCAGGAGCUCGUCCUACUCUCAAGUAGGACCCUGGCAGAGACACAUGCCCAGCUGGCAUGUUCCCGCCCUCCUGGUCAAUCGUUUGGGAGCUUCAAAAGCUUUCUUCUGCCUGAACAUCACAGCGACUGAUGCCAACAGACAUCGGCACACUUAGGGAUCCACAGAGUCUUCGCAGCUUGUGUAACAGACCUCAGCAACUCAGCAUUUUGGCUAAUCUACUUUAUUUACAUAUAAACACACAUGGAGCACUGCAACAUGGCUCCCUCUCUCUCUAGCAACAGACAGCAAAGAGAAAAAGAACAAAGAACAAUACAGUGGUACCUCAGGCUAAGUGCUUAAUUCGUUCUGGAGGUCCGUUCUUAACCUGAAACUGUUCUUAACCUGAAGCACCACUUUAGCUAACGGGGCCUCCUGCUGCUGCCGCCGCACCACCAGAGCACAAUUUCUGUUCUCAUCCUAAAGCAAAGUUCUUAACCUGAAGCACUAUUCUGGGUUAGCAGAGUCUGUAACCUGAAGCGUAUGUAACCUGAAGCGUAUGUAACCCGAGGUACCACUGUAGUCCCACUUCAAGGAACACAGUAACACAAACAUCCCGUCACUUCUCACUUUGUGGAGUCAAAACAUAUACCGUCAUGUGAUAGACAAAAAUCCCAUGACUGCAAUCACGGAGCAGGAAUUCUAACAGUAACAAGCCAGCAGGACUUGAGAUGUGGCAGAGAACUAUACCAUUCUCAGCAACUUCACUUGAGAUUGCUCUGCAGUUCAUCUGUGUACGGAGCUAAAGAUUGAGAGGGCCACAUUUCCUCAGUGGCAGAAAUAUAAGGUGACAAUCUUACCCAAACUUGCUACUUUCACAGGUGCUAUAUCAGACAAUGUGGAGCUUUGGAAGAGGAGGGUUAGGUCCUCUGCUCCCAAUGUGGAGAAACGUCUUGCAUCUCUCCAUGAAAAAAGUGAAACGUGAAAGCAGCAUGUUUGAGCAUUUAUUUUCAAAAGGAGCUAUCGUUCUCCAGAGCAAGGAGUUCCACAGCUCUUUGUCAACCACUGAAAAUAUUUAUCCACGCAUUAAGUUUCUGCUGGACACACUACUAAUAUUACCUGCCUGCAGGGGUGCCAACCUGAAUAAAAUAUUGUGGUGGCCCAGGUAAAAUAUUAUGCAGGGCCCGCCCCACAUAAUUGAUCACAUGACGCAGUGUACACACACCAUUUGAAUAGAAAUGGCCAUAAAUUUUGUGGGGCCCCGGCCCCUUCAAAUAUUUUAUUGUGGGGGCAGAAGCGCCCAUGGCCCCUAGGAGUUGGCUCCUAUGCUUGCAUGCCCAAAUACAGUGGUACCUCGGGUUAAGUACUUAAUUCAUUCCAGAGGUCCGUUCUUAACCUGAAACUAUACUUAACCUGAAGCACCACUUUAGCUAAUGGGGUCUCCUACUGCCGCCGCGCCGCCGGAGCACAAUUUCUGUUCUUAUCCUGAAGCAAAGUUCUUAACCUGAAGCACUAUUUCUGGGUUAGCGGAGUGUGUAACCUGAAGCGUACGUAACCUGAGGUACCACUAUAAUGUGAAAGCUCAAGAAAUAUAAAGGAGAGGUCUCCUAGGUGGGUUAGCCCUAAGUGAGGUGGUUUUAUUAAAUUCCCUCUGUAUUUGCUGCAUGGCUUUUCGAUUGCAUUUCCCACCUUCUCAUUGUACAUUUUCAGGGAAGAUACAUAUUUUUUAGGAUGAAUAGGUUUGCGCUGCCGUUGGGGUCCUUCCCUGAGUACCAUUUCCCAAUCAGCCGUGCCAAGGACGAUAAACAAGCCACUUAAAACCAAAGGCUGUCUUGUUUUUGUUUUAUUUUUUUUUUUUGUUUGAAACUUGUGAUGCUGAUACUCCUUAGGGGACCCUCACUGUCAGCGUUUUUCUUAAUUUUAAUUCAUUUUGAAUAUAUAUAUAUAUAUAUAUAUAUAUAUAUAUAUAUAUAUAUAUACUGUAUAUAAUACCAAGGUUCACAGUGACAUGGUCAGGCUUUUCACAACAUCCUUUCCACCAAGUUCAGUGGCUGUUUAUUUUAAAUAAGCCCCCCACCACCACUUCAAGUUAAAGUUGACUAAGAAUUAGCAGUGGAUUUUAGUUGUAUAAAGCAACUUUAAAAUCACAUGUAGGUAUAUUAAAGCCAUAAAGUUUUAAAAACACACAAAAACACCACAGCAUGAAGUUUAAAACAUUUUCUUGUAUUAGAGGAACAAGUUUUCUGAGAGGGGUGAGAGAGGAAUGGUAUCAACUUUCCACACAACUUGUGUGUUUUCUGACACCUGCCCUCCUCCGAAUGUCAUGUUGGAAAUUUGAUUUAUUCCGUUAACAAACCAUUGCCAGAAAAAGGGAUUUAGAACUGGGAUACCCACUAAGAAAACGAAACCCAGUAAUGAAAUACAUGAUGAAAUUUUCAACUCGGCCUUUCCCAUGUGUUAACAGGUUCUUAGAUCUCAAUCCCUGUAGAAAAUUUCCCCAAACCUGAGCAGUAUAAUGUAACCACUUUUUACUAUUACAGCUAGAACAAACCACUAAUCCUCUGAGUAAACCUUUGAAAGCAUUAGGCCUCAUUUAUGGUAAAUUCCUUACACAGUUGCCAGUGUUACCUCUGGUAAUAUAGAGAAGAUACCCCACCUUCCUCUUUAUAAAUAUUUUUAAAUGCAAAAUCAGUUUGUUUGCUUUUGUGUAACAUGGUCCUAGACACAAUGAUAACAACUGGUUCUAGUAAACUGUGUGGAUUUUUUUUGGGGGGGGGGGUGUUACCUUACAAAAAUGAAAUGUCUGUAGUUUAGGAUGUAUGUAAAAGUUUGGAGGGGGGAUAAUAUUGAGCUAUGGUAGAGCUUUAUUGACCUGCUCUUUGGCCGUGAAAAUAUCCCAAAUAAUAGUUGUGCUUUGUACUUCUGUAUCUGCGAGCAAUUCUGUAAUGCAAACAGAACUCAGUUUUCCUAAAUUUUGUAUUAUUCAGAUAUUUACAUACCAGAUUAUUUUGAUGAAUGAAGGUGUGUUGUGGUUGAUUUUCACUGCCCUAUGCUUACAAUAUGUAUGUUCUCCAAGAGGGGUAAAUAAUUUCACUAAUGACAAUCGCAAACCAAAGUCACAUUGUUCUGAUAAAACUGCCUGCUUGAUUCAAGAAACGGGCUUUAAGCUGAAAAUGCUCCUUAAAAAAAUUAAUUCAAUAGUGUAGCAAUCUUUUCUCCAAAGCAAAUUUGAGCUAUUUCAUAGCUCCCGGGCACAUAUCAAGCUCUUGGCAGAAGUAAGUGUGUGUGUGUGUGUGUGUGUGUGUGUGUGUGUAGGGGAACGGAAAUGUUCCUAUAUGUGCAAGUAGAGGCAAAUCUUCUCAUUCCAACAGAGAUCUCUUGUCACAUUUUUCUUUCGCUUGCCAAAGGAACCUCUGCUCCAUGAAUCUGACAAUGGGCAGAGUUGGCCUGCCAGGCUCUGCAAUAUAUUUACAUUGUGCUACCUGUUCUACCAGUGAUAAAUUCAAACUAUUGUCUAGAAUCUUAGAAACCUACUCUCUGUCUUGCUCAGUUGGAGGAGCUGAACUUGGAUGCUGUGUUUAUCCUGCCAGCAAAUGGCAACAGCCGUCAACUCCAUUGUGAAACGAAUAGAAGGACUCUCCUUCUGGAGGAAUGAAAAGACAGUGGUGUCUCUUAAUCUAGUUAGCUGCAUUUCUGUUGGAUGUGCCCUAAAUUUCACGCUCAGCUUCGGCCUCCUCCUUUGAUAAUCUCCAGAGAGCCCUCGGGUACAGAAAGCCAUUAUGUUAAUUGGCUAGCAAAUUUGUUAAAUGUGCAGAAUGGGCUAAAGGUCACUACAUAUGCAGUACAUCACAGUGCAGAGAAGUGGUUAAGUGUUUGGUAGUGCUCCAACACAACAGGAAAAGGAAGGGUUGCAAGGGCACGGAGCUGCGCAGAGCUGCAUUUUCAAGAUACAAUCUGCUGAUUUCUUUAUUACUCCUCAUUGCAUACAACCCAGCAUGCAUCUGUUGCGCUGCUAUAGCCCUUCCAUAAGCCCAACACUCCGACAUACAUUAUAAUGCUAGUUUUAAAUGGCCCAGGGUCACCUGGAUCCAGCCCAUUUGCUCCUUUCUUAUUUCUUUACAGUGGUACCUCAGGUUAAGUACUUAAUUCGUUCUGGAUGUCCGUUCUUAACCUGAAACUGUUCUUUACCUGAGGUACCACUUUAGCUAAUGGGGCCUCCCGCUGCUGCCGUGCAAUUUCCGUUCUCAUCCUGAGGUAAAGUUAUUAACCUGAGGUACUACUUCCGGGUUAGUGGUGUCUGUAACCUGAAGCGUCUGUAACCCGAGGUACCACUGUACUUGAUUCCCCCCCCCCCACCCCAUGUAGUCCAACAUGCAACCUAGAUUUUUGCAUUUAUUUUUAUUUUCCACCCCCUAUUGAGAAACUGGUCUUAUUCCCAAAAUAAAAGCUUGUUGCCAACUGAUUCUGCAUUCCCCUACAGAGGGUCCAUUUGCAAACCGAUGAAAGUGGUCCCAGCAAUAGGGGUUAUAGCUAAUAUUUUUGGGUGUAUACCAAGAUUGCAGCCACCUCUUUCUUCUCCAUUUGCCUUGGGUGCAUGCAGGAAGCAAAAGGCAUGGAUAACCUAUUAAAGGGAGGGUUUUCAAAUUAAAGGGAGGAGCCACACCUACCUUGGUGGGGGCAGGACCUGGAAUCAAUUUAGACUGAAAGCGCCAUGUGGAGGACAAGCACAAACGAUUCCAGAUUGAAGAUUCAGGUAGGUAGCCGUGUUGGUCUGACACAGUCAAAAUAAAUUUAAAAAAUGGAAAAUUGUCCAAUAGCACCUUAGAGACCAACUAAGUUUGUUCUGGGUAUAAGCUUUCAUGUGCAUGCACACAAAAGCUUAUACCCAGAACAAACUUAGUUGGUCUCUAAGGUGCUACUGGACAAUUUUUCCACUUUUUUAUUUAUUUCAAUUCCAGAUUGAGUAAAACUACAUUUUUUGGGGGGCAGUACAAAUGGGGUUGUAUGCGUGCAUCUUCCAGUCUUUGCCACAGUAGCUCACUCCACAUUACAAAGUUCUCUAGCCUCCUUCCUCUCUUUCGUCUCCUUUCCUGUUCCUUUCAAGGUACAUUCCUGCUCCUUUGGCUUGUGCCUUAUUUUCUCCCACCUCUUGUUACCAGCAUAACACAUUCAUUGUUGUCUUCCUUGGGUGUGGCCUGUGAAGUAGCUUCCUCAGACUGAGCCUUGGGCUACAUUGCUUUAUGAAGCACCUAUGAAAUGCUCUACCUCAGAAGGACAUGCAGCUAAGGUCCCUGAGACAUUAUUUGCUUGCCAGGUUCCAUGUACGGAAAGUCUCCUCAGUAUGGGAAUAUAAAAAUUAAGAAGAUUACCCAGGACCAGCUCUAGAUUUGUGAAGUGACUUCCAGCUUCUGAGAACCCUAACCAUGAUAUAUAUAUAUAAAAUGAUAGACAUGUGAAAACAAAAUAAGGCACAAAAAAGAGAGUGUGAGACAUACUUUGAAUAUUUUUUUAUUUCACAAAUGCUUGUCUAGUCAUAUUCUAUCUCUGCCGCCCCACCCCCAAAGUUAUCCAAAUACCAAGCAACUAGUCACCUCUUUUAGCUACCAUAUGAAGAUAAUAACGAGAAAUUCUCACAUAAAAGUAAUUCCUUAGUCAACUUGAUGUGAAACUAUAAGGACAUAAAAAUGUAACAGUUCUACACAUUUCAACACCCACUUGACCCAUUACCAGCCACUAGUAGUCUGCAAUCUGCACUAGUACAGCAAUCUGAGAGGAAAUGUCCAUGGCCAUCUUACCUUGUGCCUUCAGAACCAAGUCAUUUUUAAAUUAAUAUUUAUGAACAUUUUAACUAGGCGGGAUAUCAAAUCCAAACUCUUCUUCUUGUUAACUAUUUAAUAUGACAAAAAAUCAGGGCUUUUUUUCCAAGCCCAGAGUUCUGGCACCUUUCAGGUGGGUGCCAUUGCCAUUCAAAGUCAACAAGGGUGAGUUCAUGGUGAGUUCUGGCACCUCUUUUUCUAAAAAGAAAAGCACUGCAAAACAUAUAUCUAUCUAUCUAUCUAUCUAUCUAUCUAUCUAUCUAUAUCCCAAUCACAUUUUGUAUUUGCUUAAAUUUGCAUCUCUAAGCUGAUAGUAUGUGCCAUAUUUUGCUUUGAGGCUGAAGAAAACAAGUUGCGAAGCUUAUCAAAUGCCCAAAUAUUAACAAGGGUCUACAUGUGAGGUGCCCUUGGAGAUUGGGGCCAAGCUCCCCCCCCCCCAAUUAUCCUUGCACACAGGCACACAAUAUUCCCCAUCUUUCACAAGAAGUGGCUGAGAAAUUUCCUGUUUGUUACUUGCACAGGAGUAGCUGCCACCAGCCCUGUUAUUCCCCAACUCUGAGCUGGGCCACUGUGGAGCUGUGGGGAUUCAAGAGAGCAGGAAAUAACACAUGUCAAGUCUACUAGUUGCUUGCUAGCCUAGAUCUAACUAGUUAUUCCUGCUUCACUCUCCUCAAAAAUAUUAUACAGUGGUACCUCGGGUUAAGAACUUAAUUCGUUCUGGAGGUCUGUUCUUAACCUGAAACUGUUCUUAACCUGAAGCACCACUUUUGCUAAUGGGGCCUCCUGCUGCCGCUGCACUGCCGGAGCACAAUUUCUGUUCUCAUCCUGAAGCAAAGUUCUUAACCUGAGGUAAUAUUUCUGGGUUAGCGGAGUCUGUAACCUGAAGUGUAUGUAACCUGAAGCAUAUGUAACCCGAGGUACCACUGUAAUGUAACUGAGUGGUUAGUUAGCGAGUGGGAUAGGUGCUGAGUUAUACUUGCAUGACACUUAAAGGUAAAGGGUAAAGGAACCCCUGACCAUUAGGUCCAGUCGUGACCGACUCUGGGGUUGUGGCGCUCAUCUCGCUUUAUUGGCCAAGGGAGCCAGCGUACAGCUUCUGGGUCAUGUGGCCAGCAUUACUAAGCUGCUUCUGGCGAACCAGAGCAGCGCACGGAAACGCCGUUUACCAUCCCACCAGAGCGGUACCUAUUUAUCUACUUGCACUUUGACGUGCUUUCGAACUGCUGGGUUGGCAGGAGCAGGGACUGAGCAACGGGAGCUCACCCUGUCGCAGGGAUUCGAACCGCCGACCUUCUGAUCGGCAAGUCCUACGCUCUGUGGUUUAACCCACAGCGCCACCCGUGUCUGCCUGACACUUACAACAACUGUAAUUAAGAUACAUUUACUAGAGGGGGGAGGAGUGAACCAUUGCCUUUUAAAGAAAAGAAAAAACAAAGUGCUUUAUUAGCAGAAAUCCUGAAGUACUUCAAUGUACAGAUCAUCCUUUCCCGAACUAAGCCUGGGUUCUGUUUGUGGAAGAGGUCAGAGUUCCCUGGGUUGAAGGGGACCAGUGUACCUCCAGAUGUUUUGGAGCAAACUCCCAUCAGCCUUUGUCAGCAUGGUCAAUGUCUGGGAUGAUGAGAACUGUAGUCCACAACAUCAGGAAGCACCACACUAGCUACUUUUGACCUUGGCCAUAGAAGCUGGAGAUAAACUAUUUCCAAAAGCAUGUUAUAUUUAUGGGGCAGUUCUCAAGAGGAAAGGUGGAACAAGGAUCCAAUCAGAACAAGAUUCUGACUGUCACAGGGCAGGUUUCAUGUACAUAGAAUUUCUGAGCUCAUGGACGUAGCUCCUAAAGGUGUAAAGAUUAGGAGAUGUUUCUGAUCCUUUCAGAUGCAAAAAAAUGGGUCUAUAUGAGGAUGUGCAAUGAGAAUUAUGGUUGAGGAAGGUCUCUGGAUAGAGUUGUACAGUCCAGGAGGUUUUAUUAUCAGGUUUGGCACAGUGCCAUCUGGUGGAACCCCCCCCCCACCACUCAGUAUACCUGAAGGAGCGUCUCCACCCCCAUCGUUCAGUGCGGACACUGAGGUCCAGCUCUGAGGGCCUUCUGGUGGUUCCCUCACUGCGAGAAGUGAGGUGACAGGGAACCAGGCAGAGGGCCUUCUCGGUAGUGGCGCCCGCCCUGUGGAAUGCCCUCCCAUCAGAUGUCAAGGAAAUAAACAACUACCUGACUUUUAGAAGACAUCUGAAGGUAGCCUUGUUUAGGGAAGUUUUUAAUGUUUGAUGUUUUAUUGUGUUUUUAAUAUUCUGUUGGGAGCCGCCCAGAGUGGCUGGGAAAACCCAGACAGAUGAGCAGGGUAUAAAUAAUAAAUUAUUAGGAUUAUAACAUUCUCUCUCUCUCUCUCUCUCUCUCUCUCUCUCUCACACACACACACACACACACACCAUGAGCCCUGAUGUGGAGACUUAUCAGACAGUGGACAGCAACAUUAGAACUCUGAGCACCAGAUGCCAAGGGAUUUAAAUUUAUUUCAAUGCUCCUGUGUAACCCCUGCUAUAGUAUUGGUCCAGGGCACUGUGAGAAAUGUGUGACAGUCUUCCUUGAGCUUUCUGGAGCUGCUGGAAAAUGCCAUGUUCUGACACCAGCCCUGGGGCCAUGUAGGUAGGCAACUGCCACACCUACACCAUUCUGGAAAAUUAUUCAGCCUCAGGAGCAGUGGGAGAAGGGACGGUGCAAGGAAGCAACUAUAGUGGGGAGGAGCAGAUUGGAAAACCACAUUUUAUGAGCAGAAAUCUACUUGCUGGUGUCUAGAUCCACAUUUUAUAAUCCUGUACUAACCUACCAAAUAUAAUGGAUCAUAUAAAUACUGGUUCCUGUAAUUAAUUUUUAGUGUGUGCAAUACUAUAAAUACUGUAAUUAGAUUAUUAUUAUUAUUAUUUUUGGAGGGUGAGGUCUUUUAUGACUAUGUUUGAUUAGGAGCAAAAGAAUAAAUAAAGGUUACCUGGUGAGUUAUAAAUGACCAGCAUUCCCCAUCAGUUCUCAUUUGUCCCCAGGAAUUCUCAUUUAGGCUGAGAGAUUUAGGCUGAUCUUGUGUUUAAAAGCUGGUAUAAAUAUACCCACAUUGCAAUAUAGCGCUGUAUGUUCCUUGUUGGUUUUAGAAACUUCAGAAAUAUCUUAAGAUGAACCAGGAGGCAAAAGGUGCCUGGAAAUGUUUUUCAAAGUUUGCAUUGAGAGGGGGGGAAAGAACCUUACAUCUGUUCUUGGUAUGAAAGUCAGCUGAACAGGCUUGUGUUGUUGUUUUCCCCAGGAUGCCUUUCAUGUUUCCCCCUCCUUCUCUUCAGAAAGCCAGCUAUUUAUUUAUGCUCAAGGUAGGCCCAUUCUUUUAUCUCCUGGUGUACUGUAAACUAAAGCAAUUAGCAUACUGGAAUUACAGUACAGUCUCUCUCUCUUUUUAAAAAACCCUCUGUCAAUAUUAUUUUUGGAGGGAAACCUCUUAAUGAACUGUAGACAAAUAACAACAACAGGAACGGUUGCUUGGUGUUCAGCAACGAAAGUUGUUGCUUGUAAGUCACAACGCCACAUGCGAUGAGCCCAUGAAUAAAAAUGAGAGGGCAGCCCUUUGACAGGACCCCAUCUGCAAGCAUCCAAGAAAGCGUCUCAAGUGUUGUGUAUUUACCAGAUGUUGCUAAGAGCUCUCACUGGAGCAAGCAUUGGCUUGCCUGGCCUUUGUACACUUUUAAAUUAUUUAUUAUUAUUUAUUAUUAUAUAUUUAUUUAUACCACACCUUGUCCCCAGAUGGGACUCAAGGCAACAUAUGCAUAAAUUUAUUUAUCUCAGAAAUGUUUCAGUGGGCAUCAAAUGCGUUACACUAGGAGCAUAAUUCCAUAGCCCUUUAGAAUUAUUGUGCCCAAACAGUCCUGACUGACUGACUGACUGACUGACCCAUGGAAUCCAUAUUGCCUAAGGUGGGCCACAUUCACACCAUACAUUUAAAGGCCUGUAAUGCCACUUUAGAGGGAUGCCGGUGGCACUGUGGGUUAAACCACAGAGCCUAGGACUUGCCGAUCAGAAGGUUGGCGGUUCGAAUCCCCGCAACGGGGAGAGCUCCUGUUGCUCGGUCCCAGCUCCUUUCAACCUAGCAGUUUGAAAGCACGUCAAAGUGCAAGUAGAUAAAUAGGUACCACUCCAGCGGGAAGGUAAAUGGCAUCUCCGUGCGCUGCUCUGGUUCGCCAGAAGCGGCUUAGUCAUGCUCGCCACACGACCUGGAAGCUAUACGCCGGCUCCCUCGGCCAAUAAAGCGAGAUGAGUGUCGCAACCCCAGAGUCGGUCACGACUGGACCUAAUGGUCAGGGGUCCCUUUAUCUUUACCUAUUCUCCUCACAGAGCUACUAUUUCCAGUGUUUCCAGUGAAAAGGGAUAAAUUGUGAAGCCACUCUGAAAGCUGUAGCUCGGUGAGGUUCUCCUAAUGACCCACUGAAUUGGUUGCAAGUAAAGAGGUAGGUGGGUGAGGACAGGCUGAGGCUGGUGGAGGAGCACCCAAUUCAGCCUACUGGACCAGCCUUCACUGCACACAAGAGUCAUUUACUAAAAUCAUCGCAUGGCCAUGGGAGUCAUAUUCCUUUACCACUUUUCAUAUUUCUCCAGUCUUCUCUCUCCCCACCCCACUCCACAAUAUCUCCUGCUACUUCCCAUCCUUGCUUUGCCAGUUUACAGUACUCCAAUCCCUGUUCUUGACUUUUAUAUAUUUUGGGCUCUCUAGGUCCUAACUUACAACAUGUAGAUGGCGCAGUUUAAGGUAGUUUUAGGCUCUGGGUUUUGCAGUCUUCUGGAGCGGGUAGAUACUUUGGGGGACCCUCCUCUUCAUUCUGUGGAGUGGCUCCCUUGACUUCUCCCCCAAAGGCCUGCCCUGUGACCCUGGUACGCCCCAUUAAUGUCUAUCCACUUUAUCAGCUCAAAUGUUUGGAGAUAUGUAACUGGCUUCUGAGUCAUGAAUUGUAAUUCUCUACUCUAAGGGAAUUUUCAAUUCACGAACACCAUGAACUACACUAGGGGAUCCCUAUUUGCAUCCCAAAAGUGAUGAUUGGAUUUGGAAGAUGGACGUAAAACUUCACCAGAGUAAGUCCAUGAAGGAAAUUGGGAUCUGUAUCUAACAUAAUAUUUGAUCUCUGUUCUGUCCUUAAAAAAAAAAUCUGUUUCAGAUACUUUCUCCGUUCAAGGUUCAGUACUGUUUUCUGUUUUUAUAUCUAUAUUUCUAUGUUAUAGAAAUAUAUAUUUCUAUGUUAUAUUUCUAUAUUAUAGAAAGCCUAUAACAAGUUGUUUUGGUACUCCCAUUCUAUGAAUACUUGUCCCUCUCCUUAUCCUACAAUCUAUGAUCCCUUGGAGGUCACAUGGGAGGAACUUAUUCCGCAACCUCCAUCUUGGAACUGAGUGUACAAGUUGAACUUGUGGCUACAACAGCAGCAUAAAUUGUGUGUGUGUGUGUGUGUGUGUGUGUGCUUUCCUUGUUGCCCCAGUCCCUACUUUCUGUAACAUAUUUUUCCCUGAUGAAGAAUUCUGGAGAACUCAGAUGAUUGCUACAAUUUUUGACAUUUUGAUUUAUAUAGAUUGAUAGAGGACCCUUCCUUUUAAUAAAUAAAUAAGUUUCCAGUUUGAUUGUAUUUCUGUAUGCAGUCAGCAUUUACAUAUAAUUGCAUAACACUACACUGAAAGCACCACUGAGAUUUGAGGUUCCAGCCAUCGAUCAUGCUAAGGCCUGUUUAGAAAGCCACACAUGUGGAAUUCUUCCUAGCAUCCAGACCCAUUUGGAAAUAUUUUAAUCCAGGAAAAUAUGGGUGACAGAUCCUUUACCAUAGCAGCACAAACAGCCACAAGUGUAAUAAUGAAUCCUGUAUGUGUACAUAUGUGGAAAGCUUGAUGCUAGCUGUUUUUAAAACAAGCACUUCAGCUGGACAGAAGGAAAAACAUCAUACUCCAUUUCAUUCCAAUGAUCCUGAAAAUUGGUGGGAGGGUUUACUCAGGCAGGGAGAAACUGGUAACAAAGUUUGCCAUUAACUCUUCCUUCGCCAUGUUUUGAAUGAUGCUGUUUUUAGAGUAAUUCCACAAAACUAGCCAUGCUAAUGGAUUUACUGCCCCCAGAAAAUAAAUCAACCAAGAUGAUCAUUAUGGCAUUUGAGAGACUAACUGGUUUAUUGUGGCACGAGUUUGUGUAGGCAGUACCCUACAUCAGAUGCAUGAAAUAGACCAUGAAGGUAGCAGAUAUAUGUGUGGGCUGAAGUCUACUGUAGGACAUAGUAGAUUGCAAAUAAGAAAAAGCGCAUUAUACUGGACCACUGUAUGUGCAUGAUGAAUAUAACUAAAUUUAAUGCAGUUUCAUUUUGGUAAUGUCUUCCAUCUCAGUGCUUAAGAAGAAGGUGCAUUUGCUUUCUUCCUAUAGCGUAACUGGAAAAGUAAAAAUCCCAACCUCGUGUGUCCAUUGUAGAAGCUAGAAAAUGUAAGUUUGCAGGUCAUUCCUUUGUAUCAAGCUGGGCAAAUUGCAGAGGUUGACAAUGAUGACCAACGUGCAAGGAUGCAAGAUGUGUUGUUACAAACAAGUCAGUGUGAUCCUCAGGCCUCUGCACUUCCCUUCAUGUGCACAGGGCAGCAAUUUAAAGCUUCUUGUCCUGUUUUUGGCCCCUUAAACAUUAGUUUCCUGUUUCUGAUUAAUAUGGGAGUUUGUAGCCAGGAUGAAUAUCAAACCAGGAUAUCAAACUGAGUUUGCUUAAAAAGGAAAUGUGUGUGUGUGUGUGUGUGUGUGUGUGUGUAGACUAGGAAUGGAAGUUUAAAACCUUUCCCCACUUGUGUUCAAGUGUGGGCUCUAAACAAGUGUGCUCUAAACAAGUAACCAUGCUGUUUGGUCUGAACUGGGUGCAUGUCUUCACUAGCCAGCUCAGUCAAUUCAAGAUUCCAGUUCAAUUCUCCAUCCUCUGUGAUGUUGUUGUUGUUUAGUCGUUUAGUCGUGUCCGACUCUUCGUGACCCCAUGGACCAGAGCACGCCAGGCACUUCUGUCCUCCACUGCCUCCCGCAGUUUGAUCAAACUCAUGCUGGUAGCUUCAAGAAUACCAUCCAAACAUCUCAUCCUCUGUCGUCCCCUUCUCCUUGUGCCCUCCAUUUUUCCCAACAUCAGGGUCUUUUCCAGGGAGUCUUCUCUUCUCAUGAGGUGGCCAAAGUAUUGGAGCCUCAGCUUCACGAUCUGUCCUUCCAGUGAGCACUCAGGGCUGAUUUCUUUAAGAAUGGAUAUGUUUGAUCUUCAAUAUCCUCCGUGAUAUACAGAGGAUAUACAGAUCUUCAAUAUCCUCUGUGAUAUACGCAGGCAAAAUAGCGACAGCCCGGGCUUUUUCUCCCCCAACCAGAACUCAACAGAAUUCAGUUCCAGCACCUCUCAGGUGGGCACCAUUGCCAUUCUAAGACAAUGAGGGGAAUUUCCUGGUGAGUUCCGACACCUCUUUGUCUCAAAAAAUAACACUGGCGAACCUCUUUUUCUCAAAAAAUAACACUGGCGAACAAUAGCCACACACAAGAGAGAGCUGUCAGCAGAUUGAGUGCAACUCUGAAGUUUGCAGUAGUACGGAACGAAUCUGUAGAAACAUUUCCCCACAGAGAACCCAGAGAAGAUUGAGUGUAACCAGUGCCCACAGAAUGCUAACUUCUAGGAAUGGGGGAAAACAAAACUCGAGGGGAGUUGGGAAUAAUGCCCACAGGAACUUGGGCUAAAUGCUAUGGGAUACUUCAAGAUUCACAGGCAAGGCAAGUUCCCAUUUGUUCACUGCUUGUUUCUUUCAUCAAACACUUAAUAAUGUAUAGUGAGGAGCUGGUGCGUGACUGAAGAUGCAUGAUAAACAUCGACGCUGGUAUGCAUCUCCCUCCUUCAUGGUUUACAGUGCUCUGUGAAGCAUGCUGUAGUGUAGACAAACAGAAACUUGUCUGUCCCGUAACAUUGGAAGUUGUCCCAAGUCAAGCAUGAAGAACCAAUGUCUGGCAUGUGGACUUUCUAAGAGAGAUCAGCAUGCAGGGAACUAGAUUCCCCUCCUCUCUUUUUCAUGUUUCUUGUGAAUCCAUGUGGAUGUUACAUUCCAUUGAAGCUUUUUUAUUAUUAAAAAAAAUGUAUUAUUUCUCCAUGGAAAACAAAUAUGCCCAUAGUGAAUAGUUUGCAGGGCUGAGCCUCUGACCUAGACUGGGUGGAUGUACGACAAUUACUCUGUCCCUUUCUUAAGGGUUUAAUCACAAGGUUGAAAACUCUGCAACAUUCAGUCAGGAUGGAGCUGAAGGCUGAAAUGUCACUUUUGAAACAGGGUUAAGAAGGUCGCACAGCUGCAAAUAAUAAUAGCUCGAUGAAAAUCAGAUUCUGACUGCAACCCACUUCAAGAAUAACAUUGGAACAGGAAACAAGCCUGCGUGAUAUUCUUACGAGUUAAGCCGUACAAAUUUUAGCAGAUAUUUUAUUUAGUUAUUUGUUUUUUAUGCAGAGACUGAAAGGAGAAUAGGGUCCAGUGAUUUCACGCCAUUCCUUUCCAGCAGUUGUGCAAAGACAACGUUGUGCUAAUCUGAUAUACCCACAAGGGUAAGAUACAAAGUGAGCAGUGAAAUAUUUGAGGAGUGGUCAUUUGAGGAGUGGGCUUGUUGUUUAACGUGCUGUAUUUUUGAAUUCUUUUUUUGUUCUCUGGAGGUGUUUCCAAACCUGUGGAAAAUCUGAAGGGCCAAAACCCCCAAACUUCAGGUUACUUAAAUAUGUCUGUAAUUUGUGCCUGGCUGUGUUAGGGACCAUGCUUUGCAAUGUAUAUUCACUAACCCCAUGACAGAUUGACAGUGAGGCUGUUCCCAUGUUGGGCUGAGGUGGAGAUACUGGUGGCCCUGCUCUCCUUUCACGUCAUUUGUCAAGCAGCCUCUGCAUCUCCCUCCAGGAAAAUAUUUGCUUGGAAUCUAAGACAGUGAGAGAGGCUGUUUACCAGCACCUGCCCCACAUUGGUCUUGUUUCUGAGUUUGAAAUGUGGGAAGAGCUUGAGGUGGAUUAUGAGUGGGCUGCCUUGGUGUAUAGACAGGAAGGCAUUGAAGAGGGGUUGUGACUAAGUUGAUUUUGAUGUAUGGGGAACAUGGGUUGGAUACGGAAUGGCCAUGCUGGCAGGUUAUGGGUGCUAGAGCAAGUAAAUGGCAGGUUAUGGGUGCUAGAGCAGUUAAGGCAGUGCCACAGGGAAGGGUUAGGGUGGCAUGUAGGUGGGAAGGGUUUGAGCAGUCGUGGCAACAUCUCUCCUUCCUGCCCGAAGGCAUCUUGCUCAGGGUUCCUUCAAACUUGGCAGUACCACUGAAGAUGUACCUGGACAUUGUAAUCUCUCUUGUUCAAUUUUAAACACGUGUUUUGAGAUGGAGGUAGUGGUGGUAGUGGAUUAAUUUACACAAGAAUAUUGCAACAAUAUUUGGGUUUUAUUUCCAAUAUAUGCGAAAAAGUCCCUUCCCCUUAUUGCGUAUCAUUGGCAUCUUGAGAGACAACAGAGUGCGCCUCCGGAGGUGAAGCUAAACUGCUGGAGAAUCACAGUGCCUGCUGUGGCUGUAGAGACCAGUAACUCAUAAGUGCUGCCUCCUGUGUUGUUUUUGCUGCCUUAGCAGCACUGAAGUGAGCUCUCUGGGGUGCAGGCUUGGACAUUGUGUAUGGAGGUCCUGGGCUGCCCAGACAACAUGACCCUCCUCUCAGCCUUGCUGAUGUGGUCCAAAGGAAAGGAGAGCAAUACGUUUUACACCAACUUGGCUGCAGGAGUUGCCUAUGUAUGAUAUGUACCGUAUUUUUCGCUCCAUAAGACACACCUGAUCAUAAGACGGACCUAUUUUUUAGAGGGGGAAUGCAAGAAAUUUUUUUUCUUUAAAUGGAGUGCUGAGCAGAGCCUGUAUGCAUCCCAGGCUCUGCUCAGCGCUCCCUUUCACAAGCUGCGCGGAGCGUGUGUGCGGCACUUGCAGGCUUUUCCCCAAGAGCCGCACACACGCUCUACGUGGCUCUUGGGGGCUUUUCCGGGAGGUGGGGGAAGGGACUGAGGGGCUAAGCCAGAAGCUAGAACAGCAAGAGGGAGUGCUGCACAACGAUCCCUCUUGCUGUCCUGGCUUCUGGGAUAGCUGCGCGAAGCCUCUUCAGGGCAGCGGGAUGAAGGCUCCCACUGCCCUGAAGAGGCUUCGCGCAGCUGAGCCAGAAGCUAGAACAGCUAGAGGGAGCGCUGCGCAGCAAUCCCUCUUGCUGUUCUGACUUCUGGGAUAGCUGCGCAGACUGCAUUCACUCCAUAAGACGCACACACAUUUCCCUUACUUUUUAGGAGGGAAAAAGUGUGUCUUAUAGAGCGAAAAAUACGGUAUGUAUAUAUAUGCAGCUUAUCACAGUCACACAAGCAGUUUGUGAAGAUUAUAGAAAAGUCAGAAUGCACUCCCUCUCCAUAGCUAUGUGAAUUACCCAUUAGAGAAUACACAUUAAACAAUAUUGAUGUGAACACAGUUCUGUCUUCAGCCAAUCUUUAUCCACACUCUUUCAGUCUGAAUGCCAUGUAUCUUUCUGCCUCGUGCUGAGUGAGUGAUAUUUCAUCAGUGUGUCAGGCUUCAACAAUGCAAUGGGUUUCCUAGCAUAUGUAGGCUGCCAAUACCGUGCUUUACUUGGUCACUACAGGGCAAUGAAUUUUGAAAGAUGUUGUUAACAUCUACAUUAAAUCCUAAGCUUCUUUUCACUUGCACAACUACGCUAAUACUUUCAAAAACUGGCAUAUAAUGAUUACAAGUACAAUUGUUUCGAUUCUGAAAUUAAGAUGUCAGUUCCCAUAUAUUUUAUUAUAUACCAUAUGUCCGGAAUUUUCUGGAUGUAGCCAGCAUUCAGUCCUCGCAAACAGUGUCCAGGUGGAAAUUGCUGAAAUGUCUGGGGAAACCAUGGCGUAUGGCCCAUGUCAGUAGUGUAGAUUUGGAUGACUUUAAUUAAAAAUAGCUCAAAACCUCAUUUUUUAGCUCAACAACUUUUUUUGGGGGGAGAGAAAAAGAAAAACGCUCAACAACUCUAAUUUCACUUACUUAAGUUCAGUGGGAUAUCCUUUCUGCGGACUAAGGGUUUGUGGAGAUAUUAUCAUUCUGCACGGUCUCAACCCUAUCUGUACUUGAUCUUUGAACUCUUUGGUCUGCUGUCUCUUUUGUAUAGUCCUGUGCUGAAUUCUUUUUAAUGAGAUCUGACACAAAGAAUCCUGAAAGGGUGGGCUAAUUUCACAAGGGAUGAAAAUCUUUGCAAAGUGCUCCCUCUGCAAAGUCUGAAUUCCACCCUGUUUUCCUGUUAUACAAGCUGGUCUUCCACCAUGACAUGUUCCUUUGGUCUUCCUGUAGCAUCUGUACCAGCCAGCUUUACUUCGCCUCAUGUUCCUGAGCAGCAGAAACAUCUAUGUCGAGGCGGGUUGAGGAGGGAAAGUUCAUUCUACUUACUGCUGCACUAGCUGCAAAAGUUCUGCUUUGUACAAAGCAAAGUGCUGUCCUGGGUGAUUCUCCAAGGCCAGCCUUUGAUUUCUUAGUACCCCAAACUGUUGACCCGUGAGCAGCACUUCAGAUGCAGCUGCUGCUAUCAUACCCUCCAAAUGUCCUGAUUUCCCAGGGGCAUUCCUGGAAUUACGAAAGCCAUCAUGGCUUCUGAUUUGAUGCUGGAAUGUCCCCAUUUUCCCUACCAGAAAAUUUUUUUUACCAGGAGUUUGUUUUUAUCUUUAUUCAUUUUAAGACCUCCAAUUUCUCCAAUUUUUUUUAUCUCUUCUAGUGCUUUCGGGAGUGACUCUGUUGGUUCUUCUACAGAUAUCACCACAUCAUCUGCGAAAGCUUUUAAUUUAUAUUUUCUCUCUCCCACCCCUAUUCCUUUAAUUUCUUGAUUACAUCUUCUUCUUUGCACCAAAACUUCUAAAACUAUUAUAAACAAUAAAGGUGACAGUGGACAACCUCAUCUAGUUCCUUUGGUUAUUUUGCAAUUCUCAGCCAGUACAUUAUUUACUAGCAAUUUUGCUGGUUGUUCAGUAUAUAUUGCCUUUUUUAUAAAAGUAUAUAUUGCCUCUUUUAUAAAAAUGUCUCCGUAAUUUCAUUGAAAAUUGCUUCUUGUGUUAAAAUUGCUAAAGCUCCAGAAAAUUGCGGCCGAGCCUGUUUCACAUGUUACAGAAAAUUUAGUCCCACAUUCAUAGAUAAUCCUGUAGUUUUAUUCAGAUUAAGAUAUGUUCAGUUGUCAGCUUCCACUGAGGAAAAAGUAAGACUAAGAAAAUCCCACUUUAUAAUGGAAGAAAGAAAAGGAGAGCUGUGACCCACCUUAUUUCUCCCUCUAGUUUCUAUGUAAUAUUUCAACUGAAUACUGCCCUGCUGCGUACAGUUCUUUUGAUCGAAGACAAUUGUUUGUGGGUUGCCAUAAAAUUUUCUCACCAGCUUUUCCCUCUUAUUUAGAUAG